GCUCGCACCUCACAAACGAUCGACGUCUUGGUUUCAGUCUCGGGGAUUAUGACUUGAAACAGUUUGAAAAUAGAUCUAUUUUAAAAGAAGUACAUAUAGAAUCUCGGUACAUAUAUAUAUUCGAUCGUCUAUAUAUAUAUAUCGCCAUAUAGUUCGCAUAGAGUUUUUUUACGAAUAACGUCGCAGCAUACAUAUAGAACGUCGCAAGGAUAACGCAAUAAACAAAUAAAGAAGCGAAAUAUAUUUAAAUAAAGUAGAAAAAGUGAAGAAGCAAAUCAAAGAGAAAAAGUGAUCGAGAGGUGUUUUUUUCAUUUAAGUGCAGUUUCCAACUGCAUUCGAUUUGGUUGUCAUUUUCCAAUGAUAUAUAGUGAUAUAUAACGAAUUUUAAAAUGCAACGACAAAAUCCGAACCCGUACCAGCAGCAGGAGCAGCAGCAUCAGCAACAGCAGGUGCAGCAAUACUCCACCCAGGAGUAUUCGCAUUCUAGCCAAGAGCAGCAUCAGCAGCAAAGGAUUAGCCGCACUGAACAACAUGUUCAACGGAGUCAAAUCACCACUCAACAACGAGUGCAACAUCAAGGCGGUAUUGGAGGCACCUAUGUACCGCCGUCGUUGACACACGUCUACGCCCAGGGCGAUAUCUCACCGCCAGUGUUCGAGCAAAUCUUUAAGAACGCACGUUUCGCGCAGGGCGGCAACGCUCUGUUCGAGGGUCGCCUGCGUGGCAACCCAAAGCCAUUCGUGACAUGGACCCGAAAAGGCGCACCACUUCUUGAGUCGCAAAAGUUCCGAAUGAGCUAUAACGAGGCCACCGGUGAUGUAUCACUGCUGAUCAAUCAGAUUGGCCCCGGCGACGAAGGCGAAUACACGUGCACCGCUCGCAAUCAAUACGGCGAGGCGAUCUGCAGCGUCUACAUCCAACCGGAGGGCGCACCAAUGCCCACGCUGCAGCCCAUCCAGAAUCUGGAGAAGAACAUCUACUCCAAUGGCUACUCGUAUACGUCCAUUGAGGAGGAGUUCCGUGUGGAUACCUUUGAGUAUAGACUGUUGCGUGAGGUCUCCUUCCGUGAGGCAAUCACGCGUCGCUCUGGCUACGAGCAAGACACUCAGCUCUCCCAUGAGCUGGAUCGCUCUCUGGGUCCUGCGCAUGCACCACAAAUAUCGCAGAAGCCGAGAAGCUCCAAGCUCAUCGAGGGCUCCGAUGCUGUGUUCACAGCACGCGUUGGCUCCAAUCCAAAGCCACGCCUCACCUGGUUCCACAACGGACAACGUCUGGUGGCCUCGCAAAAGUAUGAGAUCUCCUAUUCGAGUGGCGUUGCCACUUUGCGUGUGAAGAACGCUAACAUCAAGGAUGGCGGCCAUUACACUCUGCUCGCCGAGAAUCUUCAGGGCUGCGUUGUCUCCUCGGCCGUGUUGGCUGUGGAGCCCGCCACUGAGACCGCCUACGAGCCUAAGCCUAUCGAUACGAUGGCUGAGCAGCUGGAGGCUGGCAAGGCAUUGCCACCCACCUUCGUUAAGGCGUUCGGUGAUCGCGAAGUGACCGAGGGUCGCAUUUCGCGUUUCGAUUGCCGUGUCACUGGCAAUCCCUAUCCGGAGGUCUUUUGGUUCAUCAAUGGCCGCCAAGUGCGCGACGAUGCUUCGCACAAGAUUCUGGUUAACGAAUCCGGCAGCCACUCGCUGAUGAUCACCAAUGUGACCCGUUUGGAUGCCGGCGCUGUGCAGUGUUUGGCACGUAAUAAGGCCGGUGAGGUUGCCAUCGAGGCGCAGUUGAAUGUGCUGGAGAAGGAACAAGUUGUCGCACCACAAUUUGUGCAACGCUUCAGCACGAUGACUGUCCGCGAAGGCGAACCCAUCAGCAUGAGUGCUAAUGCCAUCGGCACGCCCGUGCCACGCGUCACCUGGCAAAAGGAUGGCGUCCAAAUCUCAUCAACUGCUGAACGCUUUGUGGGCAUCGAUGGCGGCGCCACCUGCCUCGAAAUACCCCACGUUCGCGCUACCGAUGCUGGCUGGUAUCAGUGUACAGCACAAAAUAUUGCCGGUUCGACGGCGAACCGGGCAAGACUCUAUGUCGAAGUUCCCAGAGAGCAACCAAGUCAAGAACAAAGGCGUCUUAAUCUCCCAAGACCAACGAAAGUUAUCGAGCCUGAGCCAAUCCUUGGCCCUGAAAUCAUCUAUCUGCGUCAUGUUGAACGCGCCAAGCCCCAUCUGCGACCUGGCGAGGAGGAUCGCGUUUAUCCACCACCGCAGUUCAUCAUCCCACUGCAGAAUGUGCAGCAAACCGAAGGUGGUCGAGUGCACAUGGAGGCGCGCAUCGAACCUGUUGGCGAUCCCACCAUGGUCGUCGAAUGGUUCCUUAACGGACGUCCGCUGGCAGCCAGUGCCCGCGCCACAUCUGUCUUCAAGUUUGGCUUCAUUGCUCUGGAUCUGUUGAGCAUCAUGAGCCACGAUUCGGGAGAAUACAUGUGCCGCGUAAGCAACGCCAGCGGCGUGGCUGAAUCCCGCGCCAUUUUGUCGGUGGUGCAGCGUCCAUCGAUCGAACAAUCGUCGCAGAAUCCCAACAGCUUGCAGUACAUCAAUCAGCUGGAGGAUUAUUCACGCUAUCAGCGCCAGGAGAGCUCAGAGGAGUUGUUGAAUCAAGCUCCACAAUUCAUACGUCCAUUGCGUGAUCUGGGUGAAUUCGAGGAGGGCAAGAAUGUGCACUUCGAGGCACAAGUUACCCCCGUCAAUGAUCCCAGCAUGCGAGUAGAAUGGUACAAGGAUGGUCUCCCCAUCACGGCUAGUUCCCGCAUCACGGCCAUCUUCAACUUUGGCUAUGUCUCCCUAAACAUUUUGCACCUACGUGCCGAAGAUGCUGGCAACUAUACCGUGCGGGCCGUAAAUCGCAUCGGCGAGGCCAUUAGCCAGUCAAACAUCCGCGUCAUUACGCGCUCCCAGGUCACUGCUGACCUCGGAAUUCCCGAGCAGCAGCGUUACAUUGAGGGUGUCGAGCAAUUGGAGGACUAUCGCAAGUCGCAGCAACGGCGUCAAGUCCAUGAGGCGCCAGAGGCAAUUGCGCCACCUCAAUUCAAGACACCAAUUCAAAACCAAUUUGAUCUUCGCGAGCACGCGCAUGCGCACUUUGAGGCACGCCUCGAACCUGUGGGUGAUUCCACCAUGCGUGUCGAGUGGCUGAAGGACGGUCAGCCCUUGGAGGCCAGCUCGCGCAUCACAACCUAUCACAACUUUGGCUACGUCGCUUUGACCAUUAAACAAUUGACUGUCUACGAUGCCGGCACCUAUACCUGCCGUGCCUACAAUGCCAUGGGACAGGAUACAACCGUGGCCCAGUUGACGGUUAUUUCGAAGAACGAGAUUGUCUCUGACUCUCAGCAUCCGGGUGGUCUUCAGAAGAUCCAACAUCUGGAGGACUCUUCGCGCUACGGUCGCCGUGAGGAGGAGGAAACGUAUGUUACGCAAGCGCCACGUUUCCUUGGCCCACUUAAGGGCACCACCAAGAUCCUGGAGGGUCAACGCGCCCACUUUGAGGCCCGCGUCGAGCCACAAAGCGAUCUGGGCAUGAAGAUCGAGUGGUAUCACAAUGGUCGCGCCAUCACUGCCGCUAAUCGCAUCCAGACCUACUACGACUUUGGCUACGUCGCCCUGGAUAUUUCCCAGGUGCGUGCCGAGGAUGCCGGUGUCUACACUGUGGUGGCCAGAAACAAGCUAGGUGAAGCUCAGUUGCAAGCAACGAUGGUAGUGGAAACUCGUUCCAGCAUCGACACAUCUAGCAUGCAUCGCGGCCUCUACGAGAAGACGCAGAAUUUGGAGAACAAGCAGUUCGUGGAGCCUCAAUACGACAUCGAGGAGAUCUCCAAGUCCAAGCCCGUCUUCGUACAACCUCUCACCGAUCCCAAACCCAUCCACGACGGCAAGAACAUCCAUCUGGAGUGCCGUCUGGAACCCAUGGGUGAUCCCACCAUGCGCGUCGAGUGGUUCCAUAAUGGACGUCCCGUCACCGUCGGUUCCCGGUUCCGCACCUACUACGACUUUGGUUUCGUCGCCCUAGACAUCAUUAAGGCGACCGCUGCCGACUCUGGCGAAUACACUUGUCGUGCCACGAAUCAUCUGGGCUCUGCCCACACUUCGGCAUGUGUGCGUGUCAUUGAUCACACCGAUGUGGUGACUGAGACUCAGAACGAGCAGUCCUUAGAGCAGAUUCAAUUGCUGGAGGACUCGCGUCGUCGCCACCACCAGGAAGAGGAUAUCACCAUCAUGCAGGCACCUCAGUUUACACGUGCGCUGCACAACAUUGAAACCAUGGAAGGCACCAAUGUACAUCUGGAGUGCCGUCUGCAGCCCGUAGGUGAUCCCAGCAUGCGCAUCGAGUGGCUCGUGAAUGGCACCCCUGUGAAGACUGGUCAUCGUUUCCGUCCCGCCUACGAGUUCGACUACGUCGCCUUAGAUCUACUUGGCUGCUAUGCCAUCGACUCGGGUGUCUACACCUGCCAAGCCCGCAACCAACUGGGCGAAGCUGUCACCUCCUGUUCCGUGCGUAUCAUUGCCAAGAACGAUUUCAUUGAUUCGCAAACCCAGAACAAGUCGGGUCUGCAGAAGAUUCAGUAUCUGGAAGACUCGUCGCGUUAUCGUCGCAGCGAGUUUGUCGAUGAAGUGGUCAACAUUCGUCCACGUUUCCUCACACACCCCAAGAGUUUGCCCAACACUCGCGAAGGCGCCCAUGCCCACUUUGAGUGCAAGAUUGAGCCCAUCACAGAUCCUAAUCUGAAGGUGGAAUGGUUCAAGAACGGACGUCCCAUCACUGUUGGUCAUCGCUUCCGUCCCAUUCAUGACUUUGGCUAUGUUGCCCUAGACAUUGUGGGUCUGAUUGCUGAGGAUUCAGGUAUCUAUACCUGCCGUGCCGUCAACUUGAUUGGCUCCGAUGAGACUCAAGUGGAGUUGCAAUGCCGCAGCAGCGAGCAAAUCGUGACUGUUACCCAGAAUGAGGCGGGUCUCGAGCAGAUUCAUUAUUUGGAGGAUCGUUCGCGUUACAGUCGCCGUGAGGAGAUUGACGAGAGCACCAAGCAAGCGCCAGUCUUCACCACUUCGCUGAAGAACGUGGAGAUCAAGGAGAACCAACGUGCUCACUUCGAGUGCCGCUUGAUUCCUGUUUCCGAUCCUUCGAUGCGUGUUGAGUGGUACCACAACAAUCUGCCACUCAAGUCAGGCUCUCGCUUCACCGAGACCAACAACUUUGGUUUCGUGGCUCUGGACAUCAUGGCCACACUGCCCGAGGAUGCCGGCACCUACACCUGCCGUGCCUACAAUGCCGUGGGUGAGGCCAUCACCUCAGCUGUCGCUGUGGUGCACACCAAGAAGUCCAUCUAUUUGGAGUCGCAACACGAAACUGCUCUGCCACGUUUGCAGCAUCUGGAAGAUGGAUCGAAGCGUCAACGCAUCAGCGUCCAGGAUGAAUUCGUCUCGCAGGCCCCUGUCUUCACGAUGCCGGUGCGCGAUGUCCGCGUUGCCGAGAAUCAAGCCGUGCACUUCGAGGCUCGUCUGAUUCCUGUCGGCGAUCCAAACCUUAAGGUGGAAUGGUUGCGCAAUGGCCAGCCCAUUGAAGCCUCUAAUCGCACCACAACCAUGCAUGACUUUGGCUAUGUUGCCCUCAACAUGAAGUACGUGAAUCCCGAGGAUUCAGGCACCUACACCUGCCGUGCCGUCAAUGAACUGGGUCAGGCUGUGACCUCGGCCUCUUUGAUUGUGCAGUCCAAGACUGCCAUUCAGCUGGAGACCCAGCACGAGGCUGCCAUGCAUAAGAUCCAUCAACUAGAGGAUCACAGCAAGUAUCAGCGCCGUGAGGAGGAGGAAUACACUGUAACCAGUGCUCCGGUGUUUGUUACCAAGUUGAUUGGACCCAGCAAUCUGCAUGAAGGCCAGAGCGCCCAUUACGAGUGCCGCAUUGAGCCCUAUCCAGAUCCCAACCUCAAGGUUGAGUGGUUCCACAAUGGCAAGCCAUUGAGCACCGGCCAUCGUUUCCGCACCACCUAUGACUUUGGCUUUGCCGCUUUAGAUAUCCUUACCGUCUAUGCGGAGGACAGCGGCGAGUACACUUGCCGUGUGACCAACAAUCUCGGCGAGGCUGUUAACUCUAUUGUCCUCAACGUCACUUCGCGUUCAUCGAUCAUCCAUGAAACUCAGCAUGAGGAGGCGCUGACCAAGAUCCAGCAUCUGGAAGAUACUUCACGCUUCCAGCGCAAGACUGAUGAGGAUCAGUUCCAUGCCGAGCGCCCGCAAUUCGGACGCCCAUUGCGUAAUGCCAAGGUCAACGAGGGCAAUCCAGUGCAUUUGGAAGCCACUUUGGUUCCAGUGAACGAUCCAACUAUGAAGGUGGAAUGGUACUGCAAUGGUAGACCCAUCCAGACAGGUCAUCGCUUCAAGACCACCUAUGAUUUCGGUUUUGUUGCUCUGGACAUUCUGUAUGCCCACGCCGAGGACACCGGCACCUACAUGUGCAAGGCCAAGAACGCUGUAGGAGAAGCUGUCACGACUUGUGCUGUAAACGUCACAGCAAAUAAGACACUGGAUCUGGAUACACUUGAUGCUGAUCGCCUGGAGAAGAUUCGCCAGCUGGAAAGCUAUGCUCCACCCACCAAGGUUGAAGUGGAGGAGAAGGGCCAGAAGCCCAUCUUCCUCACUCCGCUCAGCAAUUUGGAGCAUCUGAAGGAGGGCGAGCACGCUCACUUGGAAUGCCGCGUUGAGCCCAUCAACGAUCCCAACCUGAAGGUGGAAUGGUUCUGCAAUGGCAAGCAAUUGCCCACUGGCCAUCGUUAUCGCACCACCCACGACUUUGGCUACGUUGCUCUGGAUAUCCUCUACGUUUAUGGCGAGGAUACUGGCACCUACAUGUGCAAGGCUACCAAUUUGCUGGGUGAGGCUGUCAACACUUGCAAUGUGCGUGUGUUGAAUCGUCGUAGCAUGAUUCUGGAUACUCAGCAUCCCGAUGCUUUGGAGAAGAUCCAGAAACUCGAAUCGAAGGUAGUCACCACUCGCACUGAGGUCGGCGAUCAUCCCAUUGGUCCACCUCACUUCACCGCCGAACUGCGCGGAUCCACGGAGAUCUACGAGGGUCAAACUGCUCACUUUGAGGCCCAAGUGGCACCUGUGCAUGAUCCUAAUUUGCGCAUCGAGUUCUACCACAAUGGCAAGCCUCUGCCUUCGGCAGCUCGCUUCCACAUCACCUUCGACUUUGGCUAUGUGUCGCUGGAUAUUACCCAUGCCGUGGCUGAAGAUGCUGGCGAAUACUCGGUGCGUGCUGUCAACGCUUUGGGACAGGCUGUCUCCUCUACCAAUCUGCGUGUUAUUGCCCGUGGUACCAUCAUCUCUGACACCCAACAUCCCGAGGGUCUUGAGAAGAUUCGCAAGCUGGAGUCGACGGCGCCUCAUCAGCGCCAGGAGAUUGAAACACCUGGCACACGCCAGCGUCCAGUGUUCACUCAACCGCUGCAGAACAUCGAUCGCAUCAACGAACAUCAAACGGCUCACUUCGAGGCUCGUCUGAUUCCCGUCGGUGAUCCCAACUUGAAGGUUGAGUGGUACCGCAAUGAGAAGCUCAUUGAGGACAGCUCUAGGAUUACCAAGCAACACGACUUUGGCUAUGUUUCGUUGGACAUCUCACACAUCCGCAAGGAGGACGAGGGUGUCUACAUGUGCCGUGCUGUCAAUCCACUGGGCGAGGCUGUUACCACCGCUUCGAUGCGUGUGGUCAGCGAGGCCAGCAUUCUGAUGGACACCCAACAUCCCGACAGCAUUAGUCGCAUCCACCAGCUGGAGAAACCUCAGGCUCCUCGUCCAGUGGAACCAGAGCGUCUCUUCGAGAAGCCCAUCUUCACCCAGCUGCUGACCGGUCCCUCCGAGUUGUGGGAGGGCGCUCAUGCCCACUUCGAGGCACGUGUGGUGCCCGUGGGCGAUCCUUCGCUCAAGUUCGAGUGGUUCAUCAACGGCGUGGAGCUGCAAAUGGGCUCACGUCUGCGCACUACUCACGACUUCGGCUUCGUUACUCUGGACAUCACUGCUGUAGUGCCCGAGGAUGCUGGCGUUUACAUGUGCCGCGCCUACAACGAAGCUGGUGAGGCUGUUUCUUCGACGGCCAUGAAGGUCAAGACCAAGGCCAACAUCGAUGGCCAGCCCUUGAUUCCCGAAUCCUGGGAGGCUAUUCGUCUGAAGGAAGCUGCCAUGAAUCGUGUGCCUGAGAUGUUUGUGGACUCGACACCACAGCAGGCGCCAGUGUUCACCACGCACUUGCAGAGCUACGACAAGUUGCACGAGGGCCAGCAUGUGCUGCUCGAGGCUCAGGUUGAGCCACGCGCUGAUCCUAAUCUGCGCAUCGAGUGGUUCAAGAAUGGCAUCUCUCUGACCACCGGUUCUCGCAUUCGCAGCACCUUCGAUUUCGGUCUGGUUACUUUGUCGAUCAACGGAUUGCGUGAGGAUGACUCCGCCAUCUACACCUGCAAGGCGACCAACCAGGUGGGCGAAGCUGUAUCCACAUCCUCGCUCAAGAUCGAAGAUCGUCACUGGUUGCAGGCAGAAUCUCUACAUCCAGAUUCGCUGCCUCGCAUUGGCCAGUUGGAGGCACCCAAGGAGGGACGUCCCGAGGCUCCUGAGCCUACAUAUGAGACUCCAGUGUUCAUCACUCAUUUGAACAACAUUGAGUGCAAGGAGAACGACAGCGUGCGCUUCGAAUGUAAUGUGGAGCCAGCUCGUGACCCAACAAUGGGCAUCGAGUGGUUCUACAAUGGAAAACCAUUGCAGGCAGCUGCUAAAUUCAAGUCCAUCUAUGACUUUGGCUAUUGCGCUUUGGAUUUGAGCAACAGCUAUGCUGAGAACAGCGGCAUCUACACUUGCAAGGCCACCAACAGCAAGGGAUCAGCCACCACGUCGGGCACAUUGAAGUGCACCGGUGGCAAGACUAUGUUCUUGGAUACCCAGCAUCCACAGGGCGAGAGCGGCCUGGAAGCUGUGCAGGAGACCGAAGCUGAGCUGGCUAAUCGCUAUGCUCAGAAGACGACCAAGCCGGAGACUCAGUAUCCACCACCAGUGUGGACCAAGCCAUUGCAGCAGGAGUUCCAUCUCUCCGAGGCACAGCCCAUCCAUUUGGAGGCUAAUGUAGAGCCCAAGGAGGAUCCCAACUUGUUCAUCGAAUGGUACUUCAAUGGCAAGCAAUUGAACCAUGGUUCUCGCUUCAAGAUGACUAGCGAAUUUGGUUUUGUGACCAUGGACAUGAUUGAGGUGUACUCCAGAGAUCAAGGUAUCUACACCUGCAAAGCCUACAACAAGGCUGGUGAGGCCUUUACUUCGACCACCAUCUUCUGUUCGAGCAAGGAUAACAUCAUUGAUUCGACACAGCAUCCUAAGGGCGCCGAGGGUCUUGGACAGAUUCAAGAUCUAGAGGAUUCCCUGCGCAAGGAUGGCAGCAAGCCAGAGCAACCAGAGCAAGGAAUUGCUCCUCGCUUUACCACCGAAUUCGUCAACAUUGUGGACAUUGGCGAGGGUGAGUUGGCCCAUUAUGAGGCCAACCUCAUUCCAGUCGGCGACCAGAGCAUGGUCAUCGAAUGGUUCUUCAAUGGCAAGGUACUCGAGGCAAGCCAUCGCGUGCGCACCAUCUACGCCUUUGGCACCGUUGCCCUCGAAGUGCUCGGCACUAAGAUCGAAGAUACCGGCACUUACACCUGCCGUGCUACCAACAAGUACGGUUCAGCCGAGAUCAGCUGCACCCUGGAGUGUGUGGACAAGCCACGUGGCCAGAAGCCCAAGUUUACGUCGCACAUCCAGCCGUUGGAGGGUCUGAAGGAUGGCCAAUCGGCUCACUUCGAAUGCACCUUGAUUCCAGUCAACGAUCCGGAGCUCAAGGUCGAGUGGUAUCACAAUGGCAAGCUCAUGCGUCACUCGAACCGCAUCAAGACCGUCUCGGACUUUGGCUACGUCGUCCUGGAUAUUGCCUAUCUGCAGGAUCACGACAGUGGCGAGUAUGUGUGCCGCGCCUGGAACAAGUAUGGCGAAGACUUUACUCGCACCACCCUCAACUGCGGUGGACGCGGCGGUGUCUUCUAUGACAGCUUGCAGCCCGACUCUCUGCAACGCAUCCGCGAGCUGGAGUGUCCUCAGGGACAACAAACAGCUGGCGCUGCUCCUGUGGUUGCCGAGCCACCCAAGUUCAUUACCCAGAUCAGCGAUGUUACCAAGCUGGUUGAGGGACAGAGCGCUCACUUCGAAGCGCGUCUGACUCCCAUCACGGAUCCCGACUUGGUGGUGGAAUGGUACUUCAAUGGCAAGAAACUACCACAUGGUCAUCGUUUCCGUACCUUCCACGACUUUGGCAUUGUCAUCCUCGACAUUCUCUACUGCUACGAGGAGAACUCUGGUGUCUAUGAGUGUCGCGCCUAUAACAAGUACGGCGAAGAUGUGACACGUGCUACUCUGAAGUGCGCCUCCAAGGCCAGCCUCAUUCUGGACUCGCAGUUGCCACGCGGCAUGGAAGGCGGCCUGGAGAAGAUUGCCAAUCUGGAGUACAGCAUGGUGCGCACUCGCGAAGAAACCACCGAGGAGACCAAGGGCAAGGCCCCUGUCUUCACUGUGCCGUUAGAGAACAUUGAGAAUCUGCGCGAGGGUGAAAAUGCUCAUUUUGAGGCACGCAUUACGCCCGCUGACGAUCCCAAGCUGAAGGUGGAAUGGUACUGGAAUGGACGUCCAUUGAAGGCGGGAUCUCGCUUCCGCACUUUCUGCGACUUUGGCUUUGUCAUCUUGGAGAUUUCUCCCGUUUAUCCCGAGGAUUCUGGCGAGUAUUCGUGCCGUGCUAUUAACGAAUAUGGUGAGGCUGUGACCACAGCUACAAUGAAGAUCCAGGGCAAGCGCAGCAUCAUAAUGGAAUCCCAACUGCCUAAGGGUAUGGAGGGCACUAUUGAUCGCAUUGCUGAGCUCGAGGGUCUUGGCUCUCGCAACACCGAGUUUGUGCCAGAGGACGAUUCUGGUAAACCACCAGAGUUCAUCACGACGCCAUUCGACAUGGUCAUCUCUGAGAAUUCGCUGGCGCACUUCGAGUGCCGCCUGCAGCCUAUCAACGAUCCAUCAAUGCGUGUGGAUUGGUUCCACAAUGGCAAGGCCUUGUGGGCUGGCUCCCGCAUCAAGACUAUCAACGACUUUGGUUUUGUCAUCCUCGAGAUUGCCGGCUGCUACCAACGCGAUACGGGUCUGUAUACCUGCAAGGCAACCAACAAGCACGGUGAGGCCACUGUUUCGUGCAAGUUGCAGGUCAAGGGCCGUCAAGGCAUUGUCAUGGAACCACAACUGCCCUCAAACUUCCGCACUGGCACGGAGAGCUUGCAGAAGUUGGAGGAGAGCAUGCACAAGCGCGAAGAGAUUGUCAUCGAUGAGGAGCAACCCAACCCGCCCAAGUUCAUUGAGGACAUCAAGGAUAACUUGGACGUCCCCGAGGGUGGCCCGAUUCACUUCGACUGCCGCGUCGAGCCUGUCGGCGAUCCAACAAUGCGUAUCGAAUGGUUCUACAAUGGACGUGUUAUGGCCACUGGUUCUCGCGUGCAUCAACUUAAUGAUUUCGGCUUUAUUGCUCUGGACAUCGAUUACAUCUAUACUCGCGACUCUGGUGAAUACACUUGCCGCGCCACUAACAAGUGGGGCACUGCUACUACCACCGCAAAGGUUACCUGUAAGGGCAAGCACAGCAUUGUGUAUGACUCGCAGCUGCCCGAGGGCAUGACUGCCGAGAAGCUGAAGGAACUGGAGCGUGGACGCAUCCCAGAUGCUCCCAAGGUUGUUGAAGAGCAGUUUGGACCACCGAAGUUCACCACCCAGAUCGCCUCGGUAACUGCCGAAGAGGCUGAGGCCGUGAGAUUCGAGUGUCAAGUGGAGCCUAAGACUGAUCCUAGUCUGCGCGUGGAAUGGUAUCGCAAUGGCAAACCUCUGCCUCUGGGUCAUCGUUAUAGAAACGUUUUCGACAUGGGCUUCGUCUCUCUGGACAUUUUGUAUGUGUAUAGCGAUGACUCUGGCGAAUAUGUCUGCCGUGCCGUCAAUAAUCACGGCGAGGAUCGCACUAAGGCAACUGUUUCUUGCAAGAAAUUGCCAACAAUUCUGCUGCAGAACCAGGUGCCUCGCGGCAUGAAGCGCUCAGAAACGCUCACUCAGAUGGAGGCUACCAUCAAGAAGUACACUUCUGAGGUGCAUUUGACCGAGGAUGAUCUGUUCGAUCCUGAUCGCAAGCAGCCACCUCGCUUUGUUACCCAGAUCAAGGAGCAGACUUCGCUCACAGAGAUGGCCAAGACCAAAUUCGAGUGCCAAUUGGCACCAGUUGGUGAUCCAAACAUGAAGGUCGAAUGGUUCUUCAACGGCAAACCUUUGCUUUACAAGAAUCGCUUCCAGCCCAUCUACGAUUUCGGUUAUGUUGCCAUGAACUUUGGCUGGGUUUAUCCCGAGGAUAGUGGCGAAUACGUUUGCCGUGCCACCAACUUGUACGGCAUGGACGAGACUCGCGCCAUCAUCAAGGUAUCUGGCAAGCCUGGCAUUGUCUACGAUUCUCAACUGCCCGCUCACAUGCAGAGCAUUGAUCGCAUUCGUGAAAUGGAAGCCUCAUGGCAAGUUGUGCCUGAGGCUGCUGAUCCUGAUGCGAAGCCCAGAACGAAGCCCGUGUUUGUCAGCAAGCUGGAGCCACAGACUGUUGAGGAAGGCGAUCCUGCCAGAUUCUGUGUUCGUGUCACUGGACAUCCACGUCCUCGUGUCAUGUGGCUGAUUAAUGGACACACUGUUGUUCACGGCUCGCGUUACAAGCUGACUAACGAUGGUAUGUUCCAUCUGGAUAUCCCGAAGACCCGUCAAUACGAUACUGGCAAGGUUGAGGUUAUUGCCCGUAACUCUGUGGGUGAAUCGAUUGCUUCCACCGAAUUGAGUGUUGUGGCUCGUUCCGAUGACUAUCGCAAUGUGCUUAAGAAUUCACCACGUCCCUGGUACGAUUAUGAAUUGACCGCCUAUCAGAAGGAGCGUCAGGACAACGAAUUGGUAAAGGUAUUCGAUGAGCGUAAGCAAUAUUUGUCCGAACAGAGCGCCCAUACCCUGAAGGGAGUUGAGCACCUGAAGCCCAAGCAAUACAAGCCCCAGACUCCCGACUGGCAGCAAAAUGUCAAGGCCAAGAAGAGCGAGGAGUACUACAACAAGUUGCAGGAACUCGAAACCGAGCAGCUUCUCAAGGAGACCAAUUUGCGCAAGGAUAACCAUCAAUACGCCAUUCCUGGCGAAAAGGUUGUGAGCAGCUCGGCUGCCAAGGGCAUGGCCCAAUCCUAUGAAGAAAAUCUUCAAGAGCAAACCCACACCACUCAGGUUAAGGCUGCACCACAAAAGGGCACAGCCGAGCCUUCAGAGUCCUCUGUGCAUGGACGUGAAGUGCACAUGAACAAGCAGCAACAGGUGCAGAAGGAAAUCCAGGGUGACUUGGAGAUUACACGCAAGAUCACUGCCACCGAGACCACCGAAGUGGAGCACAAGGGCACCAUUCAGGAGCGCGUUGUGAAGGGUCCAGUUAAGCCCGCCAAGGCACCUGUCUUCACAAAGAAGAUUCAACCAUGCCGUGUCUUCGAGAACGAGCAGGCCAAGUUCGAGGUGGAGUUCGAGGGCGAACCCAUGCCCACCGUGAAGUGGUACCGCGAGAGUUUCCCCAUUCAAAACUCACCCGAUCUGCAGAUUCACACGUUCAGCGGCAAGUCGAUUCUGAUUAUUCGCCAAGUCUUCAUUGAGGAUUCGGCUGUAUUCUCGUGUGUGGCCGAGAACCGUGGCGGAACUGCCAAGUGCAGUGCUAAUUUGGUUGUGGAGGAGCGUAGACGCGCCGGCAAGGGCGGCAUUCAGCCCCCAAGCUUUGUGACCACCAUUCAGAGCACCACUGUCGCCACCGGCCAAUUGGCUCGUUUCGAUGCUAAGGUAACUGGCACUCGCCCCAUGGAUGUGUACUGGCUGAAGAAUGGCAUGAAGAUUCAGCCAAGUAUUAAAUUCAAGAUGCUCGAGGAGGACAGCGUGCACACUUUGCUCAUUAUCGAACCCUUCGCCGAGGAUUCUGGUCGUUAUGAGUGUGUGGCUGUAAAUGCCGCUGGUGAGGCACGCUGCGAUGGCGAUUGCGUUGUUCAAUCUCCCAGCAAGCCCGAUAAGCCAACCACACCAGGUAGCGAGAAGGCUCCCCACAUCAUUGAGCAACUGAAGAGCCAAUCUGUUGAGGAGGGCAGCAAGGUGAUUUUCCGCUGUCGCGUGGAUGGCAAGCCGACGCCCACAGCUCGUUGGAUGCGUGGCGAGAACUUCGUGAAGCCAUCGCGCUACUUCCAGAUGACGCGUCAAGGUGAAUACUAUCAGCUCAUCAUCUCGGAGGCAUUCCCCGAGGAUGAGGGCACCUACAAGUGCGUCGCCGAGAACAAAUUGGGCAGCAUUCAGACCAGUGCUCAGUUGAAGGUGCGUCCCAUCGAGAAUUUGGAUGCUCCACCAACCAUUACGGCUCUAAAGGAUGUCUCCGUCAGCGAGGGCAUGCCUGCACAGUUCAAGACCACGGUCACAGGCAAGGUGAAGGCUACCAGCGUCCAAUGGUUCCGCGAGGGCCAAUUGAUUCCGGAAACACCCGAUUUCCAGAUGAUCUUUGAUGGCAACAGUGCCGUCCUGUUGAUUGGUACCACCUAUGAGGAGGAUUCGGGCAUCUUUACAGUGCGUGUGACUUCGUCUACGGGACAAGUCGAAUCAUCAGCCAAACUGACUGUUAAAAAGCGACGUAUCUCGGCUUAUCAAUUACGUACGAUUGAUUCUGUCGAAGAUGAGUCUUCAUCCUCUGGAAGGGAAGAUGGCCCUGAUUCGCCCCAUCAAUUCCCACAGCAGCCACAGACUGGCGAAUAUGGUCAGUUCCUGGCCGUCAAUGGCCAAGCUCAGCACCAGGGACGUUCGCGUACCAAAAAACCAAAGGUGCGCAGCAAAUCUCUGCAGCCACCCACAAAUGUUGUGCCAUGGCGCAAGUCGUCGCGUCCGCAUCGUGGACGCUCUCUAGACAAGCAACCGUUCUUGCCAGGCUUCAAGCCAGAACCAGUCAAGUCCUGGACUGAAGAGACAAUCAGUUUGAAGGCAACACCUAUUGAGAAAAAGAAGCCGACUCCCAAAUUGGAGGCAGCCACUGUUGUUCUCAAGUCGAUUAAGACAGAACGCGAUCAAGGCAUCAUGAGUCUGGGUGCCACAUUAGAGCAAAUUAUUGCCGGCAAGACAGAAAAGGAAGCGGUGCCAUGGAUAACCAUGCGUGAUAAACUUAAGCAGGUCGAGAGUGUCCAGGAGCAGCUUAACAAGUUUGAUAUUGAUGAGGUGUACUUGCGACCACUCGAGGGACAAAUUGAGACAGAUCAGCAGCUGCCACAGCAAGCUCAAGUGGAGCAAGUGCAGCGUAGCAAGGAAAUUCAACGUCUUAAGAGUAUGGAGAGCGUGGAAAUUAUGGAAAUGACUGAUCAGAUCGACAAGCUUAUUACCCAACAGCAAAACAAUAAGGAUCUGAUUCCAUGGAAGGAAAUGCGCCAGCAACUAAAGAGUGUGCAGCGUGUAACCAAGCAAAUGGAUAAAUUUAAGAUCGAGGAAGUCGAGUUACGCCAUCUUCAGGCUCAGCAGGCAAUCAGCGAAGAGUUCCAAUCGACAGCCGAAGAUACUGUUGUAAUGACAAUCGAUGAAAGCUCUAAGGGUUCAAUUACCAAGGUUUUGCAACGCGAUCAGAUUCAGCACUAUGAAGAUCAAUCAAAUCUUUACAAACAACAGUUUAUCAGCACUGAAGAGUCGAAUAUUAUGCAUAUUUCCGAGCGUGAAAAACUUGAAGCUCAGAGAUUGAUCAGCGAACAGCAAGCUGUGAAUUGGAGACAACAACAGCAACGUCCGCAACUGCAGCCUCUCACUUCAGUCGAAGAUACAAUUUCGCAGACUAGCGAGCGUCAGCGCCUUGUACAGCAGCAGAGCCUUCUCGAGGAGGCACAGCGUCAGCAGUACACACAAAUCGAGGACUCUCAAAUGAUGACUCUUGAGCAAUAUGAGCAUCAGAAGAUGAUCAAUCAGCUCACACAGCAAGAAGCUUACAACUGGCGUCAGCCACAACAUCCCCAGAAGUUUGUUCAGGUCGAAGAUUCAUCUCUGUUGCACCUUCAAGAGCGCCAGGAUACACAGGAGCAACAACUAGUGCAGCAACAGCCUGUUAUGUGGGAGCGUGGCAAGAAGAAACCCCAACAAGUACAAACUCAAGUACCAGCAGGUCCAAUUCAACAACAGUUCGAGGAGAAACCAAAGACAUAUGAGGAAAUGCACGAUGAGCUGAUCGAACCAGUUCCAGUUGAACAACCCGAACCAGUUCCAGUUAUGUGGGAGCGAGGCAAAAAGAAACAGCCUCAACCACAACCGAAAACUUAUGAAGAGCUCCACGACGUGUUGGAUGAACCUGUUGCUCCUCAGCAAGUGGAUCAAGUUCCUGUUAUGUGGGAACGAGGAAAGAAAAAACUUCUUACGCAAGAGACUGCCACAAUUUCCCAAGAAACCGUGCAGACGUCUCAAGUGGUUGAACAACAAAUUGUCGAGGAGACUAAGAAGACUGCAGUGCGUCGUGUAAUACCGCCACGUGAGCCUGAGCAGAAGGUUGAGCAGGUUACGUUGAAGCCAACGCCACGACUGCGUCCAAAGGAAGCUCAAAAGGCCGAGGAAUUCCAAUUGAAGCCGCUUAAGACCACAAAGACUGUUCAACAGGCCGUCCAGGAGACAGCUCUAAAGGCUUACGAAGAAGCUACUGACGAAUUGGUUGAGGAUGUUGUGCAGCAGAUAGAAGAGCAACCACAACCCGUAAUGUGGGAACGUGGAAAGAAGACUAAGCCUCAACAAUCUGUGGAGCAAGUGCAGGAUAUUCCAAAAACUCUUGAAGUGGCUGUCGAUACUUUGGAAGAAGAGACCGUUAAGCCUGAAGAACCUCAACCGCAGCCAGUGAUGUGGGAGCGUGGCAAGAAAAAGCCUAAGCAGGUGCAGCCUCAAGAGAUUCCCAAAUCACUUGAAGUCGCUGUUGAUACAAUUGAUGAAGAAACUAUACCAAUUGUUCAGCCUGAACCUCAGCCUGUGAUGUGGGAGCGUGGUAAGAAGAAGAAACCACAGCCCCAGCAAGUUGUUGAAGAGAAAAUCGAAGAAGUUCCAAAUAAGACUUACGAAGAAGCAGUCGACGUAUUGCCCGAGGAAGUUAAGGUAGAAGAAAAACCAGAACCUGUUUUAUGGCAACGUGGCAAGAAGAAGGUACCACAGCCUAAACCAUCUGAAGAACAGCAUCCUGAUGAAGUUGAUGCAACAGUUCAAGACGUUGUUGAAGUGGAAGAAGAGAUUGUUGAGCAAAAGCGAAAGGUUAAGAAGGUAAAGAAACCAAAGCCAGUAGUCGAAGCUCCAGAACAAGUUGAGGAAGAGGUCCCUGAGGUAGAAGAAGAGAUUAUUGAGGAGCAAGAAGAGAUUGUCGAAGAAAAGCGAAUGGUAAAGAAAGCUAAGAAACCAAAGAAAUCUGUUGAGGUGACUGAGGAAACAGAGCAACCUGUUGAGGAAAUUCCUCAAGAGGAAGUCGUAGAAGAAGAAGAAGAGGCGAUUGAAGAACAGACUGAGGUUGUUGAAGAAAAGCGCAAGGUGAAGAAAACAAAGAAACCUAAAAAACCUGUUGAAAUUUCUGAAGAAGUGGAACCUAUUGUGGAAGACAUUCCCCAAGAGGAAGAGCUCAUUGAAGAACAGGAGGAGAUUGUUGAAGAAAAACGCAAGGUCAAAAAGACAAGGAAACCCAAGGUUAAGGAAACCACACAGGAUGAAGAGCAGCCCGAAGAGCAACCUGAAGAACAACCCGAAGAAGUUGAAGAAAUAGAGACCGCUCCAGUUGAAGAACCAAAGAAAAAGAAGCCAGUGGUCCAGAAACCGGAAGUUGAGCAAGUCGAGAAGGUUACGCUGAAGCCAGUUCCAAGGAAGCCUCAUCAACUUCCCGAAAAGGAACAAGUCGAAGAGGUAACACUGAAACCACGUCCAAAAACCAGUAUUGUUACAGAAACGCAACAGCCUGAAACAACAGAGACUGAGUUUGUUGAAAGAGAGAAAGUGGUUACAUUCGAAGAUCAAGUGGUCGAUGUUACGAAGAAACGCGUAAAAAAGAAGAAGCCAAAGGCGCAACCCGAAGGACAGGAACCUGUUGAAGAACCAAAUGAAGAUAUUGAAGAACCUGAAGAAGAAACUCAACCUGAAGAGACUGAACUUGUCGAAAACAUUGUCGAAGAGCAGGUUCUCGAGGCAGAUACUCCUAAGGAGACUGUUACCAAAUUGAGACCAAAGAAGGAACAAGUUGUCGAAGUGGUUGAGGAAGUAUCUUUAAAGCCUGUCAUUAGACCGAAGAAACAAUUGCCUCAAGAAGCUACGAUUGAAGAAGUGCAUCUUAAGCCAACAAAACGUACAACUACGAAACCAGAAGAGGUUAAGCUCGAAGAAGUUGACCUGCAACAUGUUGAAAAGCUGGAACAGGAAGUCGUACAGGAAGAGAAACGUAAAGUCAAGAAGGUGAAGAAGCCAAAGGCUGAAGAAUUGCCUGAAAUCCCUGAUGCAGAACCCACUGUCCUGGAAGAAGCCGAACACAUUGACAUUGAGAAGGAGCCCAAGCCACAGGAGGAACAACCACAGGUUCCAUGGAAACGUGGUGAGAAGAAGAAGCCUGUUGCUGAACCUCUAGAGGAAAAGAAGUGGCCAACUGGCAAGCGUCGACCACUCCCCGAGGAGCAGCCAGAAGAGGUACAUUUGAAACCUAUACCAUCCAAGCCGGAGGAAGUGCCAGCCAAGCCAGAGAAGGCUAUUCCUGGACCAGAGCUUGUGCCGGAGGAAAAGGUCGAAAGCGAGGAUGAGAUUUCUGACCUCGAACCUCUUAAGAUUCCUGACGAUAAACAACCUAAAGAAAAGGUUAAGAAAGAAAAGAAGAAGAAACCCAAGUUGAAGAAGGCUACGCCAUCGGUGGAUGAAGUAUCGGCAGAAGUGGCCGAGCCAUUUGCUGAACCUAUUGCAGAAGAGGAUCAAGUCGAAGAACUGCCAGUUGAUGAUGUUAAGGUAGUUGCGGUAUCCGAGGAUGUGCAGCCAGAGGAAGAAGUUGUAAUCACUGAUAGUGCACCCGAAACGAAACAAAAGGCGCACAAGAAACGUACAAAGCCCCUGAAACAAGCUUCAGUAGAGGGGCAACCGCAGCUCCUAGAAUCUGCCGUUGCGGAAAUCGAAAAGGCUGAUGAAAUUUCCCAAGAGAUCUCACAAAAGACUAUAACUUUAUUGAAGAAGACUGAAGACACAAGACCUCAAUUCAUUACAACCGAACAGCUAAUCGAGCUUGACGUUGAAGACGUGAGACGUGAUCUCGAAAUGAAACUCACUUCCAACAUUAUCAAGAAGGAGAAACGUCGUGUUGUGCUUGAUGACAGCCAGCCAUUGCCCGAAUUGGAGCUUAUCACACAGAAACGCAUUCAAGAGGGUAUUGACAAAGUGGCUGAUGAAGAACUCAUCGAGGAUCAACAGUUGACCCAAAACGUCGAGGAAACUACAACCUCGGAGGUUAUCGGUCAAGAGCGUAAGCUGGUUAGGAAGAAGAAGAAGGAGAUUAAGCCCCCUCGCAUCACCGAGAAGCUACGUCCCCGGCAAUGUGUUCCUGAGGAGCCCACAGUCCUCGAGUGCAAGGUGGAAGGUGUACCUUUCCCAGAGAUUAAUUGGUACUUUAACGAUAUGCUGCUAUUCGCAUCGGAGAAGUAUGAAAUCACCGUCGUGGAGCAGGUGGCACAACUGAAGAUUGCGAAGGUCACACCAAGCGACGUGGGUGUCUAUACCUGUGAGGCAAAGAACGAGGCUGGAGUGGCCACAAGUCGCACCAACAUAAUAUUAGAAAAAGAACAAGGAGUCGCGCCGCAGUUUACGAAGCCGCUUAAGAUAGUCUUUACAGAAGAGAAAGAGCCUGAGCGGCUCAAGGUUACUGUUACAUGUCAGGUCGCAGGCAAGCCGAAACCUCAAGUUAAAUGGUAUCGUGGCAUCGAGGAGGUCAUACCCAAUGAAGCCUUGCAGAUGUUCUAUGACGAACAGACGGGUGAUGUCGUCUUGGAGGUGAUGAAUCCAACGCCCAAUGAGGCUAUUACCUAUUCGAUACAGGCGCAGAAUCAAUUUGGACGCGCCAUUGGCAAUGCCAAUAUUAUGAGUCGUGUCGAUGAAGUACCCAGGGAGAUACUCAAAGCACCCACAAUCACGCCACUGAGUGCCAUGGUUAUUCCAAAUGGUGGCACCUUGCUCUUUGAGGCGAAAUACGAUGGAACUCCAAAGCCUGAGAUUAAAUGGCUGCGCAAUGGUCGUGAGAUCAUCGAAAAUGAAGAGACCACAAUAGAAACAACUGAGACGACAACCACCAUAAGAGUUAUCAAUAUGACGAGAAAGCGCACCGGCAAAUAUGAGGUUUGCGCUAAGAAUAAGGUGGGCGAAGCCAAGUCUUCGGGUUCGGUGGUCGUUUCGGAUCAAAAGCCAGAUAAGCAAAUCAAGGCACCUCGCUUCAUUCAACCAUUGGAGCCCAAAUACUUUGGAGAACAUGAGGUUGCAAUACUUGAGGCGGUUGUUGAUUCAGAGCCACUUUCAUCGUUCCAAUGGUUUGUGCAUAAUGAGCCCAUUAAGAGCUCCAAUGAAUGCCGCAUUGUUAGCCAGGCCAACAAGUCGACGCUUUUGAUUGAGGACUUCCAAAAGAAAUUCACUGGGCCUUUCACUUGUCGGGCUGAGAAUGUUGGUGGCUCUGUUACCUCGACAGCAACAGUAAAUAUGCUGGAAGCAUUGCCACAGGAAGAAGCAGUUGAAUUUGAAUCGCCACGCUUCAUUGAGGAAUUGAUUCAGCCCGUUGAGGUAAUGGAUGGUGAGGCGCUGCAGUUGACUUGUCAAGUGACAGGCAAGCCCACGCCUAAAGUUGAGUGGUAUCACAAUGAGGAGAAAAUAUCCGAAACAAAAGAAACGACUAUUUCCCAGGAUUUGCAAGGAAUUUGCCAGCUGCAAAUAACGGAAGUAUUCCCUGAAAACCAGGGUGAAUAUAAAUGCGUUGCCACCAAUAAGAUUGGCAAGAGCGUUACAGCAACGACAGUUAAUAUUCAAGCAUUUGAAUAUAUCCCCGAUUCUGAAAUCACUGGACUCACAGGAUCUGAGGAGGAUCUACUUGAUAGAACUAUCUCAAUCGACGAACAAGCACCGAAAAUUAUUAAAAAGCUACCUGAAAAAAUCGAACCCAAAGAGGGUGAGCAAGCCAAAUUGGAAGUUAAGGUUAUUGGUAAGCCAAAACCAAAAGUCAAAUGGCUACGUGACGACGAACAGAUAUUCGCUUCCGAGGAAUAUCAAAUCGAAAAUUUCGACGAUGGGACCUCAGUAUUGGUCAUCAAUCAUGUAUAUCCCGAUGAUUUGGGCACAAUUAGCUUUGAAGCUUACAAUCCUUUGGGAGUGGCGGUAACCACAGCACUAUUUGCAGUCGAAGGCAUCGUUGGAUCCAAGGACUACCGCAAGCCUGAGUGGGUGUCUCACAUGGAGGAGAUGCAAGUCGCUCUCAAAGCUGCUAAAUGCUCGCCAUCGCUACUAAAUGAAAUGCGUGACUGCCGUGCUGCCUUAGGCGAAACAGCAAAAUUCACAAUACAAUUUGCAGGCAAUCCUAAACCAGAUAUUCAGUGGUAUUUCAACAAUGUGCAACUUAGGGCGUCUGAAAAGUAUCGCAUGGUAGUUGAGGAAUCUGAAGCAUCUUUAGAAAUUCUAAAGAUUACAAAUGAAGACUGCGGUUACUACAAUUGCAAACUUAUCAAUGAGAUCGGCAUGACGAUGACACGCGCCAAGUUCGACAUAUCAUCGACAUCUUCAGUUGUAGAGGAGGUCAAGACGAAGACAACUGUGAAAAAGAAGGCGGGCAAAAAGACAUCCACGAUGGCGAAAAGAUCUAGCGCGUCUGAAUCCCAGACGUUACAUAAGACUGAGAUCCGAGUAGUGCCAGCAAGUAGUCUAGAGACGACAGUGAAUAUUGUCAAAAUCAAACAGGCUGUGCCUAUUAUCGUCGAACAGAGUGGAGUUUCUGAAGUUAUGCAGGUUAAAGAUCGCAAGAUUGCGGAUGCCGAACAGCGCAGUAGCAGAAUCAUUGAAGAAAUAGAAGAAGACGACGAAGAGCAGGUUGAAGAAGAAGUAGUAGUAGAGAAGAAAGAAUAUACAUCAAGCAAAUCCAUAUUACUUACCGAAUCUGUGCAGUUAAUACGCACAAAAAUUACGCAGAAAACCAUAAAAAUAGAAGAUAUCUACGAGAUAAGUCAUCAUGAAGAGGUGCAGUGGUUGCUUGAGUCCGUCGAGGCCGAAUCCUUUGGCAAAAUCGGCGAGGCAGCUCUCAGAGAUUUGGCCACGAUUGGAGUUCUACUGCGCUAUGGUUGUACUCAUUAUGAGAUCACAUAUAUGUACGAACAAAAUAUCUUCAUAUCUCUGCAAAAGCCAGAGUCGCAAUCGGCUUUAGUUCAGCUCGUGGAACGUGAGGGCCACGAGGAGCUGAUAACUCAUAUUUUGAGUGAAUCGUCUAACGAAGAUGAGACUACAUUGGCAGCAACUGUUGGUUUCAAGGCAUUCAUUCGCAUGAUUCAGACUUAUGAAAUUACCAUAGAGACGGUUAUAAGAAAGUUUCAUAGGGAGGAUUUCAUCUCGCACGAUUGGAAGAUAUGUGGAAAGGAGAGAAUAGUAGAGACAUCCCAGAUUAUUGAAAGUCACGAAGCCAUAACGCAUGUGAAAAUCGAGGAAACAUUUGUCGAGGAACGCACGAUAGUUGUCGAUGAAGAAACCACAACCACAAAAGUGGAAAAACAAUUCAUACAGCAACAACAAGAACAAGUACAAGAACAACAGCACCUACAAAUACAGGCUGAACAAACUGUGCAUAGAAAAACGAAAACCAAGAAGCAUAAAAAACAUACAGAUAUAAUACAUCAAGAACAAGAAGUACACCAACAUCAUGAAGUUGAGAAAGAAAGUCUUGAGGCAAUUGACGAUUCCGAAUACGUGCAGGAAGAAACCUUUGCCAAAGAAUUUAACACUGAAUCACCGAAACUUGAAACACUUGAGCAAAUUGAAGACCUUUCACCACAUGUCACAACACUAUCCACGCAAAAUCUACCAAAAACUAUACACGAAAUAGUUUCAGGUGUAAAUACCACAGAACUUUCCACACCGAAACCAGUCGAAGCUCAAAUCCAAAAUGAUAUUUUAACACAAAAGAUUCUAGCACUUAAAGAGGAAUGCAUGGCAUUUGAUGAGGUUAGUUCUGGUUUGGAUCAGUCCAAACCACAAGUUAGCAGGCUUAGUGAGCAGGUUGAGGUACAUGAGAGGCAUGCUGUUUCCGUUAGUGAGACGCAAACAAAGGAAACUCCCAAAGAAUUAAAAUCUUCGAAAAUUCCAAAACUUUUAAAAGCUGAGCGAAAGGUGAGGGAAUCGCGUCCAUUGCUAAUCGAAUCGCCAAGCAUCGCGAAUUCAGUUGGAGAUCUAGAAUCUCUAAAAACUCCGGCGCAGCAAGCUCAUAGCGAGAUUUUACUGUCACAUGAACUUACAUCAGAACAAAAUACAACAUUGGAUAGUUUGGACGCUUUGAAGACUCCAUCAGUAGCCACAGAAAACGUUCAAUCACAGUUUCUGCCAAUGGAAGGACUUUUAGUCUCAGAAAAUUUCAGAGGCGAAACUAUUGAAAAGGAGGUGUUACAACUUAAACCUGUCAGUGAGCAAAUAUCUCCGCAGUUUACUUCAAACUUAAGUGUUGGCAUUAGCGAAUGUCAACCCGAAGAUUCUAUAACUAAGCUUAAACCUCAUUCGGAAGCUAGAACUGAGACCAUGUCCACAACCAUACAAGAAUUUAAGGCAUUUAGCACCAGCGAAUCAAAAGUAUUAGAAAGUGUUGACGAAUUGAGUCAAGAGUCGCUUCCCAUCAAAUCACUAGCUGAAUUUUCCAUUAAGCCUGAAGAGGCUCCACUAUUGAUAGAGGAAGUAGAAAAAAUGGAAACGCUCGGUGGAGCAGAGCCCGUAAAGAAACGGCCAGCUGAAUUUAAGCCAGUCCAAGAAUUGGUCUUAACUGAGGGCUUAAUAAACACAGUGGCAGAUUCGCGAAGUCCAACUGAAGAUAGCUUACCAACAUUCAAAGCCGACUCGCAAGAAGCUCAUUUCAGUUUACAAACUGAAUCACACAUAAUUACGCAGGAGACUAUAUCUAGUGAAGAAAGUCCAAGCGACUUAAUUUUAUUAAAUAUUCCCAAAAACGUCGAUGCCACAGUCAGUCAAACAAUUUCCCAUCCAGUUGGCGAAAUCACUGAAACUCAUUCGGUUGAAAUGGCAGAACAACUUUUGAAGCCUUUAGUUGAACCUGUGAAGCCUGUAAAAGAAACAAUUACCAGUUCACUUGGCACUGCAUUAGAAAACGAAGAAGUCGUUUAUGACACCGUUGAUGUAAUCGAUUAUGCGAAAACAGAUCUCAAUCAAGGAAAAAUAACUAUAACGGAGGGCGAACAGGUUGCUGAAGUGCAUGCACAAACAAUUAUAGAUUCAGAGCAGCAGUUACUUCCAAAAAUUCCCGACAGCGUACAGGCAAAACUAGAUAUUAUUGAGCAAAAGGCAAUACAAAUUGAAGAGGAAACAGCUAUUGAGAAAGAGACUCUUUUGUCUAUACCAAAAGAUGCAGUUGGACAAGCUGCACAACAAGGAAUAAUUCCCGGCGAGUUAAAGGUUACCAGUACAUGGGAAGUGCAGCCUCAACAAACAUCCGUUAAUAUUGAAAGUGAAGAUAUCAAACCAGUAUCUGCAAUUCCAGCGUUCGAAACCAAGCCAAUUGGCGUUAAAAGUCAACAGGACUUGCUGGAGGGUACAGAGUAUCUGGAAGAGCUUCAACAACCCGAUCAGAAAUCUGGAACGUUAGUUAUGUUUGAAAAUCAACAACCCUUGGAGAUAACUGAUGUUCAGAUUACUGAAACAAGCCCCGAGCUUAUCGAUACAUUGCCAAAGCACACAAAGUCAUCAGCACAUGAAACCACGGAUACACUUGCGCAUACAGAGCACACGGAAGUAAUUUUAUUGGAGUCCACUUUAAAACAUGAGAGUGAAAGCAAGCCAACUUCAGUAGUGGCUGAUAUAACAAUACCUCCACUAUACGGUACUGAUGUAACUGAACAAGCUUUACUUGAAACCCUACAGUCUCAUGAGGAGAAAGCACAACCUCAGGAGCAAUUCACAGGACCCACAUUUAGUUUACUACAACCACUAGAAACCAGCUCCUUGAUAACUAUAGAACAGGAGACGACAAUGCCAUCAAAAGAUGUUGGCACCCUACACAACGCAGCUAUUUCUACAUCUGGAGCUUUGAGGGUAGCAAGUAAGGUGGGCAAUCAGCAUAUGGAAUCGCUUCAAGAGCUUGAUGAAAGGACCCAACCUCAACAACAUGCUCAUGUUGAUAUUGGUGAGAUUACCGCAGCCGAAUGUGAGGAAGUAACAUCUUUGGAUACUGUUAAAAAUUACGAAGUCCUUGAUAUAAAUAAAUCUAACAUUGGUAAUGUGGAAAUUAUACAAAAUACCUCUGCAAUAAGCACAUCAACAGCAAUGAUUAGUGAACAAGCAGAUGAAAUCAAAGAGUCAACUACAAUUCAACCAACAGCGAUCGCACCACAUUUCAGUGAUUUUACCAAAAGAUCUCCACUGUCAGAGGAGCCAACUGUUUUGGAUUCUGCUGAAGAGCUUACAUCCAUUAUACCUACACCGCAAAAUAGCCAACUAAUAAUAACCAAAUUAGAGGAGAUAAAUGUUCAAGAGACCAAAACAUGUGAGAAAGAGGAUCAAUUUGAACAAAUCAGGCAACCCAUUGCACAAGCAACUAAAGUUACUUUGGAUUCUACUACGGGAGUGGUUAUUAGUCAAAAAGAAUAUACUUUUGAAUCAGAGCAAGAUUUCCAAAUUCCCAAAGUUCCUUUGGAGCAUGCAAGGCCCGUUGCUUCGGACUUACUAAGGACUCCAUUGACGGAAAAAGUGCACGAAAAUCAGGCGACCGCGAAUCUUGAUGAUUUUAACGUAUCUAGUAAACUCGCCAAGUCAAGCAUUGAUACAUUAAACGAAACUAGUACAACGGAAAUUUUAGUUUAUGACUACAUAAAAGCUGAUAAAAGCGGCGAGGAACCUGAGUGUAUAGGAUCACAGACAAUAAUUCCACAUGAACAUACGGUAAUCUCAGAAUGUAUGCCUAUAGUCGACGUGGAAGGAUUUAGUGAAACGCCUGAGAAGCAAAGAAAUGCUCAUCCCGUUCAAGAUAGCUUUAGCCAGUUAGCUAUUUCAGAACAUCAAAAUAUUUUGCAUGCUGAGAUGACCUUCGAUAUAGCACGUUCACAAGAGUUUAGUGCUAAGAUUAAUGAAGUUAUUCCAACAUUAAUAAGUAAAAAUGUGAAUGAGGUUGAAGUGUAUGAAUCGACGGAUGAAACAAAGGCUAGUGAUAAUGUUAGCGGUAUACAUGCGGAAAUUUCGCAUGUAAAAACAUUUGCACAUGUGACAGAUCUACAGCAAACAGUAGAAACGACAGAUACCUUUAUUACACAAGCCUUAAGCUCAUCGUCAGUAACUCCUAACGAAAACGCAUCACAACUGAAGUUACCUGUGAAUACAUCAAUCCGACUCGUAGAGGACGCAAAAGAUUUUACUGUUCCUACAUUAAAUACGGCAGUUGCCCAACCGAGCUUGGCAGAAAAACAUUAUGAAGUGACAGUCACCGAGAGUCAAUGUGCCGAGGGUGCUGAACUUAUUUUAUCCCCCCAGAAAACAUUAGCCAGUGCCACGGAAUCAUUAAAUGAAAUGUUUCAAACUACGCCAGAAUCAUUGAAACUGGUCACUUAUCAAAAAGAGACCGAUAUAAAGCCGGCAGAAUGUGAAGAGGGUGUUGUUAAGUCAGUAUUAAGUGACAUUCUUCAAUACACCACAACUUCGGAUGUAUUGCCUUUUGAAGUGUCGGAGCAGUUAGAACAUCCCAAAAUAGUAACUCAGGAAGCUCAAAUACAUUCAUUACUAACUUCAGAUGCAAACAAAUUAAACGUGAAAGUGGAUGAAUUAGUUCUUCAAAAGGAAGACACAUUCGCGGAUUCUCGUCUAAUUGGGCACGGCAAACUUUUUAUUGAAGGAACGCAACGAGAAACAGUAAUCUCUGAGAUUUUGCCCAUGGAAAAUGUUGGCAACGUAGAUAGAGGCAACGAAGCGAUACCAGUUGAAGCACAAGUUUCGACACCAUUACAGUCACAUACAACUAUAUUGAAGGUUGAUGCAUUUGAAAAAACAGAUGAUCUAAAACCCAAAUAUCAAGAUGAAGAACACUACGCAAAAAUAAAAAGUGACUCUCAAACGAAAUGCGCAAGAGUGACAACAACUCAAACGCCGUUCAUUAAAGAAGAUGAUUUUGCUCCCCUUUCAAUUAUUGAAACAAGAGCUCAAAUUUCCAAAACACAAAUGGAACCAUUGGUGACCGAGGAAAUUAUUGGCAUGAGUUCCGUUCACGAAACUUACGACUUACAACGACCAAAAGAAGCAAAUGCAAAUAUAAUUCGCGAGUCUCCAAAUGAGGCUGUUACAAUUACUAAUCAGUUGGCUUAUGAAGAAUCUCCUACAAUACCGCAAGCAAAGAACAAUUAUGCCAAAACAAAUAUUAACUUCGUUGAGAGCUCUACUAAAACGGUUGAAGGAUCAACUGUAAACGUAUACGAAAACGUUGAAGGACAUGGUGACUUUAAACCUCAAACUGCAAAGACCACCUCUGACAUAUUUGCAAACAUGAAGGUUUCGGUUGUGGAAGAGGUUUCUGUUUUACCAACUGUGGAGAAUAUAUCAGGAACAGGGCCUAAAGAAGCUAUAGCAAAGGCCGAAAAUAUUAUGCAUAGAAAUUUACUUGUAAUGGAUCAACUAAUAUAUGAAAAUGUGACAAAUUUAUCAGAUAUCCCUCCAGGAACAGAUAGUGCGUCUUUUGCGCCUAUUGAUGAAAAAUUCGCACCACUUUCUAGUGAAUUUCAUGAGAAGGGGAACCUUCUUGAAACAACUAGUCCUACACUAGACGUAGAAUAUGCAAUUCCAACAAUAAUGCCAUUUAGUUCUUGUCUUCAUGGAGAAACUAUUACAGAAGAACGAGUCACAAUACUACAUAAACCAGAAGAUAAGCAGCUCAUAAAUGCAAAUGUUAGCUUUGAACAAAACACCUCAAAUCAAAUUAAAGUGCUCAGCUUAACGACAGGUGAUGCACCAAUUGAAAUGGAUGAUGUAAAAAUUGAAAAUAAACACGUCAAUUUGCCUCUUGAUAAUAUACUUCUUGAAAACGCACAAUGUACGAAAACACAAAAACCAAUUAAAAUUAAGCAUACUAAAGAUGCCAGUCCUGCAGACUUGGAUAUACUUUCUGAGUCUCAAUCACAAACUUCAUCAAAAACUGAGUAUGAAAGUUUAAGCUUAUUUGAAACGGUAAAAGCAUCGCUGGAUACAAUACAAGCCACAGACACACAACACACAAAACAAAAGACACCAACACAAAUAAAAGAAACAAAAGAAGUUGAAAUAUUGGAAAUUCCUGAAACAAUUCAAGUUGUAGAGGAAAUCUCAAAAGAUGGAAAGCUUAAGAAAAAGAAAAUACGUACUCGAAUAAUUAAAAAAGUUAAGGGCGAUAAACAAGAGGUCACCAAGAUCGAAACCGUCGAAGAAGACGACAAACAACCUGAAACUACUGUCACUUUCGAAGAACUUCCUGUGGAGGAAGAGCAGCCUGAAAACAUCAAGGAACUUCCAGAAGAGGUUCGUGUUGUUGAAACUGUUUCUGAGGACGGCAAGCCAAAGAAGAAAAAGAUCCGCACACGUGUCAUCAAAAAGGUUAAGGGUGACAAACAAGAAGUCACCAAGAUCGAAACCGUCGAAGAGGAUGACAAACAACCAGAAACCACAGUCACAGUUGAAGAGAUUCCUGUGGAGGAAGAAAGACCUGAAGAAAUCAAGGAACUUCCAGAGGAGGUUCGUGUUGUGGAAAGUGUUUCUGAGGACGGCAAGCCGAAGAAGAAGAAGAUACGCACACGUGUCAUCAAGAAGGUUAAGGGUGACAAACAAGAAGUUACCAAAAUCGAAACCGUCGAAGAGGAUGACAAACAACCGGAAACUACUGUCACUGUCGAAGAACUACCUGUGGAGGAAGAACAACCUGAAGAAAUCAAAGAGCUUCCAGAAGAAAUUCGUGUCGUUGAAACCAUUGCUGAGGACGGAAAGCCGAAGAAGAAGAAGAUACGCACACGUGUCAUCAAGAAGGUUAAGGGUGACAAACAAGAAGUCACCAAGAUCGAAACCGUCGAAGAGGAUGACAAACAACCCGAAACCACAGUAACCGUAGAAGAAGUUCCAGUGGACGAAGAACUACCUGAAGAAAUCAAGGAACUCCCAGAAGAGGUUCAUGUUGUGGAAACUGUCUCUGAGGACGGCAAGCCGAAGAAGAAAAAGAUCCGCACACGUGUUAUCAAGAAGGUUAAGGGUGACAAACAAGAAGUCACCAAGAUCGAAACCGUCGAAGAGGAUAACAAACAACCCGAAACCACAGUCACAGUUGAAGAGAUUCCACUGGAGGAAGAACAACCUGAAGAAAUCAAGGAGCUUCCAGAAGAAAUUCGUGUCGUUGAAACCAUCACUGAGGACGGCAAGCCGAAGAAGAAGAAAAUACGCACACGUGUUAUCAAGAAGCUUAAGGGUGACAAACAAGAAGUCACCAAGAUCGAAACCGUCGAAGAAGAUGACAAACAGCCUGAAACCACCGUCACAGUUGUAGAGACUCCUGUGGAGGAAGAAAAACUUGCAGAAAUCAAGGAACUUCCUGAAGAGGUUCGUGUUGUGGAAACCAUUACUGAGGACGGCAAACCGAAGAAGAAGAAGAUACGCACACGUGUCAUCAAGAAGGUUAAGGGUGACAAACAAGAAGUUACCAAAAUCGAAACCGUCGAAGAGGAUGACAAACAACCGGAAACUACUGUCACUGUCGAAGAACUACCUGUGGAGGAAGAACAACCUGAAGAAAUCAAAGAGCUUCCAGAAGAAAUUCGUGUCGUUGAAACCAUUGCUGAGGACGGAAAGCCGAAGAAGAAGAAGAUACGCACACGUGUCAUCAAGAAGGUUAAGGGUGACAAACAAGAAGUCACCAAGAUCGAAACCGUCGAAGAGGAUGACAAACAACCCGAAACCACAGUAACCAUAGAAGAGAUUCCAGUGGAGGAAGAACUACCUGAAGAAAUCAAGGAGCUUCCAGAAGAGGUUCGUGUUGUGGAAACCAUAUCUGAGGAUGGCAAACCGAAAAAGAAGAAGAUACGCACACGUGUAAUCAAGAAGGUUAAGGGUGACAAACAAGAAGUCACCAAAAUCGAAAUCGUCGAAGAGGAUGACAAACAACCCGAAACAACUGUCACUGUUGAAGAACUUCCUGUGGAGGAAGAAAAACCUGAAGAAAUCAAGGAGCUUCCAGAAGAGGUUCGUGUUGUGGAAACUGUCUCUGAGGACGGCAAGCCGAAGAAGAAAAAGAUACGCACACGUGUUAUCAAGAAGGUGAAGGGUGACAAACAAGAAGUCACCAAGAUCGAAACCGUCGAAGAGGAUGACAAACAACCCGAAACAACUGUCACUGUCGAAGAACUUCCUGUGGAGGAAGAAAAACCUGAAGAAAUCAAGGAGCUCCCAGAAGAAAUUCGUGUCGUUGAAACCAUCACUGAGGACGGCAAGCCGAAGAAGAAGAAGAUACGCACACGUGUUAUCAAGAAGGUAAAGGGUGACAAGCAAGAAGUCACCAAGAUCGAAACCGUCGAAGAGGAUAACAAACAGCCUGAAACCACCGUGACAGUUGAAGAGACUCCUGUGGAGGAAGAAAAACCUGAAGAAAUCAAGGAACUUCCAGAAGAGGUUCGUGUUGUGGAAACCAUUACUGAGGACGGCAAACCUAAAAAGAAGAAGAUCCGCACACGUGUCAUCAAGAAGGUUAAGGGUGACAAACAAGAAGUAACCAAGAUCGAAACCGUCGAAGAGGAUGACAAACAACCUGAAACCACUGUCACAGUUGAAGAGAUUGCUGUGGAGGAAGAGAAGCCUGAAGAAAUCAAGGAACUUCCAGAAGAGGUUCGUAUUGUGCAAACAAUUACUGAGGAUGGCACUCCAAAGAAGAAGAAGAUACGCACACGUGUCAUCAAGAAGGUUAAGGGUGACAAACAAGAAGUCACCAAGAUCGAAACCGUCGAAGAGGAUGACAAACAGCCUGAAACCACCGUCACAGUUGAAGAGAUUCCUGUGCACGAAGAACAAUCUGAAGAAAUCAAGGAGCUUCCAGAAGAAGUGCAUAUUGUGGAAACUAUCACUGAGGACGGCAAACCGAAGAAGAAGAAGAUCCGCACACGUGUCAUCAAGAAGGUUAAGGGUGACAAACAAGAAGUCACCAAGAUCGAAACCGUCGAAGAGGAUGACAGGCAACCCGAAACCACUGUCACAGUUGAAGAGCUUCCUGUGGAGGAAGAACAACCUGAAGAAAUUAAGGAACUUCCAGAAGAGGUUCGUGUCUUUGAAACCAUCACUGAGGACGGCAAGCCGAAGAAGAAGAAAAUACGCACACGUGUUAUCAAGAAGGUUAAAGGUGACAAACAAGAAGUGACCAAGAUCGAAACCGUUGAAGAGGAUGACAAACAGCCUGAAACCACCGUCACAGUGGAAGAAGUUCCUGUGGAAGAAGGACAACCUGAAGAAAUCAAGGAGCUUCCAGAAGAGGUUCAUGUUGUGGAAACAAUUACUGAGGAUGGCACUCCAAAGAAGAAGAAGAUACGCACACGUGUCAUCAAAAAGGUUAAGGGUGACAAACAAGAAGUUACCAAGAUCGAAACCGUCGAAGAGGAUGACAAACAGCCUGAAACCACAGUCACAGUGGAAGAAAUUCCUGUGGAGGAAGAACAACCUGAAGAAAUCAAGGAGCUUCCAGAAGAAGUGCAUAUUGUGGAAACCAUCACUGAGGAGGGCAAACUGAAGAAGAAGAAGAUCCGCACACGUGUAAUCAAGAAGAUUAAGGGUGACAAACAAAAAGUCACCAAGAUCGAAACCGUCGAAGAGGAUGACAAACAACCCGAAACCACCGUCACAGUGGAAGAGCUUCCUGUGGAGGAAGAACAACAGGAAGAAAUCAAGGAACUUCCAGAAGAGGUUCGUAUUGUGGAAACAAUUACUGAGGAUGGCACUCCAAAGAAGAAGAAGAUACGCACACGUGUCAUCAAGAAGGUUAAGGGUGACAAACAAGAAGUCACCAAGAUCGAAACCGUCGAAGAGGAUGACAAACAACCUGAAACCACUGUCACAGUGGAAGAAGUUCCUGUGGAGGAAGAACAACCUGAAGAAAUCAAGGAGCUUCCAGAAGAGGUUCGUGUUGUGGAAACCAUCACUGAGGACGGCAAACCGAAGAAGAAGAAGAUACGCACACGUGUUAUCAAGAAGGUUAAGGGUGACAAACAAGAAGUCACCAAGAUCGAAACCGUUGAAGAGGAUGACAAACAGCCCGAAACCACUGUCACAGUUGAAGAGAUUCCAGUGGAGGAAAAACAACCUGAAGAAAUCAAGGAGCUUCCAGAAGAGGUUCGUGUUGUGGAAACCAUCACAGAAGAUGGCAAACCGAAAAAGAAGAAGAUACGCACACGUGUCAUCAAGAAGGUUAAGGGUGACAAACAAGAAGUCACCAAGAUCGAAACCGUCGAAGAGGAUGACAAGCAACCUGAAACCACUGUCACAGUGGAAGAAGUUCCUGUGGAGGAAGAACAACCUGAAGAAAUCAAGGAGCUUCCAGAAGAGGUUCGUGUUGUGGAAACCAUCACUGAGGACGGCAAACCGAAGAAGAAGAAGAUACGCACACGUGUAAUCAAGAAGGUUAAGGGUGACAAACAAGAAGUCACCAAGAUCGAAACCGUUGAAGAGGAUGACAAACAGCCCGAAACCACUGUCACAGUUGAAGAGAUUCCAGUGGAGAAAAAACAACCUGAAGAAAUCAAGGAGCUUCCAGAAGAGGUUCGUAUUGUGGAAACCAUCACAGAGGAUGGCAAACCGAAAAAGAAGAAGAUACGCACACGUGUAAUCAAGAAGGUUAAGGGUGACAAACAAGAAGUCACCAAAAUCGAGACCGUCGAAGAGGAUGACAAGCAACAUGAAACCACCGUCACAGUGGAAGAAGUUCCUGUGGAGGAAGAACAACCCGAAGAAAUCAAGGAGCUUCCAGAAGAGGUUCGUGUUGUGGAAACAAUCACUUUGGAUGGCAUUCCUAAGAAAAAGAAGAUCCGCACACGUGUUAUCAAGAAGGUGAAGGGUGACAAACAAGAAGUCACCAAAAUCGAAAUCGUCGAAGAGGAUGACAAACAACCCGAAACCACUGUCACAGUUGAAGAGAUUCCAAUGGAGGAAGAACAACCUGAAGAAAUCAAGGAGCUUCCAGAAGAGGUUCGUGUUGUGGAAACAAUCACUGAGGAUGGCAAACCGAAAAAGAAGAAGAUACGCACACGUGUAAUCAAGAAGGUUAAGGGUGACAAACAAGAAGUCACCAAAAUCGAGACCGUCGAAGAGGAUGACAAGCAACCCGAAACCACCGUCACAGUGGAAGAAGUUCCUGUGGAGGAAGAACCACCUGAAGAAAUCAAGGAGCUUCCAGAAGAGGUUCGUGUUGUGGAAACCAUCACAGAGGAUGGCAAACCGAAGAAGAAGAAGAUACGCACACGUGUAAUCAAGAAGGUUAAGGGUGACAAACAAGAAGUCACCAAAAUCGAGACCGUCGAAGAGGAUGAGAAGCAACCCGAAACCACCGUCACAGUGGAAGAAGUUCCUGUGGAGGAAGAACAACCUGAAGAAAUCAAGGAGCUUCCAGAAGAGGUUCGUGUUGUGGAAACAAUCACUUUGGAUAGCAUUCCUAAGAAGAAGAAGAUCCGCACACGUGUUAUCAAGAAGGUGAAGGGUGACAAACAAGAAGUCACCAAAAUCGAAACCGUCGAAGAGGAUGACAAACAACCCGAAACCACUGUCACAAUUGAAGAGAUUCCAGUGGAGGAAGAACAACCUGAAGAAAUCAAGGAGCUUCCAGAAGAGGUUCGUGUUGUGGAAACCAUCACUGAGGACGGCAAACCGAAGAAGAAGAAGAUACGCACACGUGUAAUCAAGAAGGUUAAGGGCGACAAACAAGAAGUCACCAAAAUCGAGACCGUCGAAGAGGAUGACAAGCAACCUGAAACCACCGUCACAGUGGAAGAAGUUCCUGUGGAGGAAGAACAACCUGAAGAAAUCAAGGAGCUUCCAGAAGAGGUUCGUGUUGUGGAAACAAUCACUGAGGAUGGCAAACCGAAAAAGAAGAAGAUACGCACACGUGUAAUCAAGAAGGUUAAGGGUGACAAACAAGAAGUCACCAAGAUCGAAACCGUUGAAGAGGAUGACAAACAGCCCGAAACCACUGUCACAGUUGAAGAGAUUCCAGUGGAGGAAGAACAACCUGAAGAAAUCAAGGAGCUUCCAGAAGAGGUUCGUGUUGUGGAAACCAUCACUGAGGAUGGCAAACCGAAGAAGAAGAAGAUACGCACACGUGUAAUCAAGAAGGUUAAGGGCGACAAACAAGAAGUCACCAAAAUCGAGACCGUCGAAGAGGAUGACAAGCAACCUGAAACCACCGUCACAGUGGAAGAAAUUCCUGUGGAGGAAGAACAACCUGAAGAAAUCAAGGAGCUUCCAGAAGAGGUUCGUGUUGUGGAAACAAUCACUGAGGAUGGCAAACCGAAAAAGAAGAAGAUACGCACACGUGUAAUCAAGAAGGUUAAGGGUGACAAACAACAAGUCACCAAAAUCGAGACCGUUGAAGAGGAUGACAAGAAACCCGAAACCACUGUCACAGUUGAAGAAAUUCCAGUGGAGGAAGAACAACCUGAAGAAAUCAAGGAGCUUCCAGAAGAGGUUCGUGUUGUGGAAACCAUCACUGAGGACGGCAAACCGAAGAAGAAGAAGAUACGCACACGUGUAAUCAAGAAGGUUAAGGGUGACAAACAAGAAGUCACCAAGAUCGAAACCGUUGAAGAGGAUGACAAACAGCCCGAAACCACUGUCACAGUUGAAGAGAUUCCAGUGGAGGAAGAACAACCUGAAGAAAUCAAGGAGCUUCCAGAAGAGGUUCGUGUUGUGGAAACAAUCACUGAGGAUGGCAAACCGAAAAAGAAGAAGAUACGCACACGUGUAAUCAAGAAGGUUAAGGGUGACAAACAAGAAGUCACCAAAAUCGAGACAGUCGAAGAGGAUGACAAGCAACCUGAAACCACCGUCACAGUGGAAGAAGUUCCUGUGGAGGAAGAACAACCUGAAGAAAUCAAGGAGCUUCCAGAAGAGGUUCGUGUUGUGGAAACAAUCACUGUGGAUGGCAUUCCUAAGAAGAAGAAGAUCCGCACACGUGUUAUCAAGAAGGUGAAGGGUGACAAACAAGAAGUCACCAAAAUCGAAACCGUCGAAGAGGAUGACAAACAACCCGAAACCACUGUCACAAUUGAAGAGAGUCCAGUGGAGGAAGAACAACCUGAAGAAAUCAAGGAGCUUCCAGAAGAGGUUCGUGUUGUGGAAACCAUGACUGAGGAUGGCAAACCGAAAAAGAAGAAGAUACGCACACGUGUAAUCAAGAAGGUUAAGGGUGACAGACAAGAAGUCACCAAAAUCGAGACCGUCGAAGAGGAUGACAAGCAACCUGAAACCACCGUCACUGUGGAAGAAGUUCCUGUGGAGGUAGAACAACCUGAAGAAAUCAAGGAGCUUCCAGAAGAGGUUCGUGUUGUGGAAACAAUCACUGUGGAUGGCAUUCCUAAGAAGAAGAAGAUCCGCACACGUGUUAUCAAGAAGGUGAAGGGUGACAAACAAGAAGUCACCAAGAUCGAAACCGUCGAAGAGGAUGACAAGCAACCCGAAACCACUGUCACAGUUGAAGAAGUUCUUGUAGAGGGAGAACAACCUGAAGAAAUCAAGGAGCUUCCAGAAGAGGUUCGUGUAGUGGAAACAAUUACUGAAGAUGGCACUCCAAAGAAGAAGAAGAUCCGCACACGUGUAAUCAAGAAGGUUAAGGGUGACAAACAAGAAGUCACCAAGAUUGAAACCGUCGAAGUGGAUGAUCAACAACCCGAAACCACUGUCACAGUGGAAGAAUUUCCUGUGGAGGAAGAACAACCUGAAAAAAUCAAGGAGCUUCCAGAAGAGGUUCGUGUUGUGGAAACCAUCACUGAGGACGGCAAACCGAAGAAGAAGAAGAUCCGCACAAGUGUUAUCAAGAAGGUUAAGGGUGACAAACAAGAAGUCACCAAGAUCGAAACCGUCGAAGAGGAUGACAAACAACCCGAAACCACAGUCACCGUAGAAGAGAUUCCUGUGGAGGAAGAACAACUUGAAGAAAUCAAGGAGCUUCCAGAAGAAGUACGUGUAGUGGAAACAAUCACUGAGGAUGGUAAGCCUACGAAAAAGAAGAUACGCACACGUGUUAUCAAGAAGGUUAAGGGUGACAAACAAGAAGUCACCAAAAUCGAAACCGUCGAGGCGGAUGACAAACAACCCGAAACCACUGUCACAGUUGAGGAAAUUUCUGUGGAGGCAGAACAAUCUGAAGAAAUCAAGGAGCUUCCAGAAGAGGUUCGUGUUGUGGAAACCAUCACUGAGGAUGGCAAACCGAAAAAGAAGAAGAUACGCACACGUGUAAUCAAGAAGGUUAAGGGUGACAAACAAGAAGUCACCAAGAUCGAAACUGUUGAAGAGGAUGACAAACAGCCUGAAACCACUGUCACAGUUGAAGAGAUUCCAGUGGAGGAAGAACAACCCGAAAAAAUCAAGGAGCUUCCAGAAGAAGUACACGUUGUGGAAACUAUUUCUGAAGACGGCACUCCAAAGAAGAAGAAGAUCCGAACACGUGUUAUCAAAAAGGUUAAGGGUGAUAAACAAGAAGUCACCAAGAUCGAAACCGUUGAAGAGGAUGACAAACAGCCUGAAACCACUGUCACAGUUGAAGAGAUUCCAGUGGAGGAAGAACAACCUGAAGAAAUCAAGGAGCUUCCAGAAGAGGUUCGUGUUGUGGAAAGCAUCACUGAAGAUGGCAAACCGAAAAAGAAGAAGAUACGCACACGUGUAAUCAAGAAGGUUAAGGGUGACAAACAAGAAGUCACCAAGAUCGAAACCGUUGAAGAGGAUGACAAACAGCCCGAAACCACUGUCACAGUUGAAGAGAUUCCAGUGGAGGAAGAACAACCUGAAGAAAUCAAGGAGCUUCCAGAAGAGAUUCGUGUUGUUGAAACCAUCACUGAAGACGGCAAACCGAAGAAGAAGAAGAUCCGCACACGUGUUAUCAAGAAGGUUAAGGGUGACAAACAAGAAGUCACCAAGAUCGAAACCGUCGAAGAGGAUGACAAGAAACCCGAAACCACUGUCACAGUUGAAGAAAUUUCCGUUGAGGAAGAACAACCUGAAGAAAUCAAGGAGCUUCCAGAAGAGGUUCGUGUUGUGGAAACAAUCACUGAAGAUGGCACUCCAAAGAAGAAGAAGAUCCGCACACGUGUAAUCAAGAAGGUUAAGGGUGACAAACAAGAAGUCACCAAGAUCGAAACCGUCGAAGAGGAUGACAAACAACCCGAAACCACUGUCACAGUUGAAGAGAUUCCAGUGGAGGAAGAACAAUCUGAAGAAAUCAAGGAGCUUCCAGAAGAGGUUCGUGUUGUGGAAACCAUCACUGAGGAUGGCAAACCGAAAAAGAAGAAGAUACGCACACGUGUAAUCAAGAAGGUUAAGGGUGACAAACAAGAAGUCACCAAGAUCGAAACCGUCGAAGAGGAUGACAAGCAACCCGAAACCACUGUCACAGUUGAAGAAAUUCCUGUGGAGGAAGAACAACCAGAAGAAAUCAAGGAGCUUCCAGAAGAAGUACACGUUGUGGAAACUAUUUCUGAAGACGGCACUCCAAAGAAGAAGAAGAUCCGAACACGUGUUAUCAAAAAGGUUAAGGGUGAUAAACAAGAAGUCACUAAGAUCGAAACCGUCGAAGAGGAUGACAAACAGCCCGAAACCACCGUCACAGUGGAAGAAGUUCCUGUGGAGGAAGAACAGCCUGAAGAAAUCAAGGAGCUUCCAGAAGAGGUUCGUGUUGUGGAAACAAUCACUGAAGAUGGCGCUCCAAAGAAGAAGAAGAUCCGCACACGUGUAAUCAAGAAGGUUAAGGGUGACAAACAAGAAGUCACCAAGAUCGAAACCGUCGAAGAGGAUGACAAGCAACCUGAAACCACCGUCACAGUGGAAGAAGUUCCUGUGGAGGAAGAACAACCUGAAGAAAUCAAGGAGCUUCCAGAAGAGGUUCGCGUUGUGGAAACCAUCACUGAGGACGGCAAACCGAAAAAGAAGAAGAUACGCACGCGUGUUAUCAAGAAGGUUAAGGGUGACAAACAAGAAGUCACCAAAAUCGAGACCGUUGAAGAGGAUGACAAGCAACCUGAAACCACCGCCACAGUGGAAGAAGUUCCUGUGGAGGAAGAACAACCUGAAGAAAUCAAGGAGCUUCCAGAAGAGGUUCGCGUUGUGGAAACCAUCACUGAGGACGGCAAACCGAAGAAGAAGAAGAUCCGCACACGUGUAAUUAAGAAGGUAAAGGGUGACAAGCAAGAAGUCACCAAAAUCGAGACAGUUGAAGAGGAUGACAAGCAACCUGAAACCACCGUCACAGUGGAAGAAGUUCCUGUGGAGGAAGAACAACCAGAAGAAAUCAAGGAGCUUCCAGAAGAAGUACACGUUGUGGAAACUAUUUCUGAAGACGGCACUCCAAAGAAGAAGAAGAUCCGCACACGUGUAAUCAAGAAGGUUAAGGGUGACAAACAAGAAGUCACCAAGAUCGAAACCGUCGAAGAGGAUGACAAGCAACCUGAAACCACUGUCACAGUGGAAGAAGUUCCUGUGGAGGAAGAACAACCUGAAGAAAUCAAGGAGCUUCCAGAAGAGGUUCGCGUUGUGGAAACCAUCACUGAGGACGGCAAACCGAAAAAGAAGAAGAUACGCACGCGUGUUAUCAAGAAGGUUAAGGGUGACAAACAAGAAAUCACCAAGAUCGAGACCGUUGAAGAGGAUGACAAGCAACCUGAAACCAUCGUCACAGUGGAAGAAGUUCCUGUGGAGGAAGAACAACCUGAAGAAAUAAAGGAGCUUCCAGAAGAGGUUCGUCUUGUGGAAACAAUCACUGAAGAUGGCACUCCAAAAAAGAAGAAGAUCCGCACACGUGUAAUCAAAAAGGUUAAGGGUGAUAAACAAGAAGUCACUAAGAUCGAAACCGUCGAAGAGGAUGACAAACAGCCCGAAACCACCGUCACAGUGGAAGAAGUUCCUGUGGAGGAAGAACAGCCUGAAGAAAUCAAGGAGCUUCCAGAAGAGGUUCGUGUUGUGGAAACAAUCACUGAAGAUGGCACCCCAAAGAAGAAGAAGAUCCGCACACGUGUAAUCAAGAAGGUUAAGGGUGACAAACAAGAAGUCACCAAAAUCGAGACCGUUGAAGAGGAUGACAAGCAACCUGAAACCACCGUCACAGUGGAAGAAGUUCCUGUGGAGGAAGAACAACCUGAAGAAAUCAAGGAGCUUCCAGAAGAGGUUCGCGUUGUGGAAACCAUCACUGAGGACGGCAAACCGAAGAAGAAGAAGAUCCGCACACGUGUAAUCAAGAAGGUAAAGGGUGACAAGCAAGAAGUCACCAAAAUCGAGACAGUUGAAGAGGAUGACAAGCAACCUGAAACCACCGUCACAGUGGAAGAAGUUCCUGUGGAGGAAGAACAACCUGAAGAAAUCAAGGAGCUUCCAGAAGAGGUUCGCGUUGUGGAAACCAUCACUGAGGACGGCAAACCGAAGAAGAAGAAGAUACGCACGCGUGUUAUCAAGAAGGUUAAGGGUGACAAACAAGAAAUCACCAAGAUCGAGACCGUUGAAGAGGAUGACAAGCAACCUGAAACCAUCGUCACAGUGGAAGAAGUUCCUGUGGAGGAAGAACAACCUGAAGAAAUAAAGGAGCUUCCAGAAGAGGUUCGUGUUGUGGAAACAAUCACUGAAGAUGGCACUCCAAAGAAGAAGAAGAUCCGCACACGUGUAAUCAAAAAGGUUAAGGGUGAUAAACAAGAAGUCACUAAGAUCGAAACCGUCGAAGAGGAUGACAAACAGCCCGAAACCACCGUCACAGUGGAAGAAGUUCCUGUGGAGGAAGAACAGCCUGAAGAAAUCAAGGAGCUUCCAGAAGAGGUUCGUGUUGUGGAAACAAUCACUGAAGAUGGCACCCCAAAGAAGAAGAAGAUCCGCACACGUGUAAUCAAGAAGGUUAAGGGUGACAAACAAGAAGUCACCAAGAUCGAAACCGUCGAAGAGGAUGACAAGCAACCUGAAACCACCGUCACAGUGGAAGAAGUUCCUGUGGAGGAAGAACAACCUGAAGAAAUCAAGGAGCUUCCAGAAGAGGUUCGCGUUGUGGAAACCAUCACUGAGGACGGCAAACCGAAGAAGAAGAAGAUCCGCACACGUGUAAUCAAGAAGGUAAAGGGUGACAAGCAAGAAGUCACCAAGAUCGAAACCGUCGAAGAGGAUGACAAACAACCCGAAACCACAGUCACAGUUGAAGAGUUUCCUAUGGAGGAAGAACAACCUGAAGAAAUCAAGGAGCUUCCAGAAGAGGUUCGUGUAGUGGAAACAAUCACUGAGGAUGGUAAGCCUACGAAGAAGAAGAUCCGCACACGUGUUAUCAAGAAGGUUAAGGGUGACAAACAAGAAGUCACCAAAAUCGAAACCGUCGAAGAGGAUGAGAAACAACCCGAAACCACUGUCACAGUUGAAGAGAUUCCAGUGGACGAAGAACAACCUGAAGAAAUCAAGGAGCUUCCAGAAGAAGUACACGUUGUGGAAACUAUUUCUGAAGACGGCACUCCAAAGAAGAAGAAGAUCCGUACACGUGUUAUCAAGAAGGUUAAGGGUGACAAACAAGAAGUCACCAAGAUCGAAACCGUCGAAGAGGAUGACAAACAACCCGAAACCACUGUCACAGUUGAAGAGAUUCCAGUGGAGGAAGAACAACCUGAAGAAAUCAAGGAGCUUCCAGAAGAGGUUCGUGUGGUGGAAACACUCAGUGAGGAUGGCACUCCAAAGAAGAAGAAAAUCCGCACACGUGUAAUAAAGAAGGUUAAGGGUGACAAACAAGAAGUCACUAAGAUCGAAACCGUCGAAGAGGAUGACAAACAACCCGAAACCACUGUCACAGUUGAAGAGAUUCCUGUGGAGGAGGAACAACCAGAAAAAAUCAAGGAGCUUCCCGAAGAAGUACACGUUGUGGAAACUAUUUCUGAAGACGGCACUCCAAAGAAGAAGAAGAUCCGUACACGUGUUAUCAAGAAGGUUAAGGGUGACAAACAAGAAGUCACCAAGAUCGAAACCGUCGAAGAGGAUGACAAACAACCCGAAACCACAGUCACAGUUGAGGAGAUUCCAGUGGAGGAAGAACAACCUGAAGAAAUCAAGGAGCUUCCAGAAGAGGUUCGUGUGGUCGAAACACUCAGUGAGGAUGGCACUCCAAAGAAGAAGAAAAUCCGCACACGUGUAAUCAAGAAGGUUAAGGGUGACAAACAACAAGUCACCAAGAUCGAAACCGUCGAAGAGGAUGACAAACAACCCGAAACCACUGUCACUGUUGAAGAGAUUCCUGUGGAGGAGGAACAACCAGAAGAAAUCAAGGAGCUUCCCGAAGAAGUACACGUUGUGGAAACUAUUUCUAAAGACGGCACUCCAAAGAAGAAGAAGAUCCGUACACGUGUUAUCAAGAAGGUUAAGGGUGACAAACAAGAAGUCACCAAGAUCGAAACCGUCGAAGAGGAUGACAAACAACCCGAAACCACUGUCACAGUUGAAGAGAUUCCAGUGGAGGAAGAACAACCUGAAGAAAUCAAGGAGCUUCCAGAAGAAGUUCACGUGGUGGAAACUAUUUCUGAAGACGGCACUCCAAAGAAGAAGAAGAUCCGUACACGUGUUAUCAAGAAGGUUAAGGGUGACAAACAAGAAGUCACCAAGAUCGAAACCGUCGAAGAGGAUGACAAACAACCCGAAACCACAGUCACAGUUGAAGAGAUUCCACUGGAGGAAGAACAACCUGAAGAAAUCAAGGAGCUUCCAGAAGAGGUUCGUGUGGUGGAAACACUCAGUGAGGAUGGCACUCCAAAGAAGAAGAAAAUCCGCACACGUGUAAUCAAGAAGGUUAAGGGUGACAAACAAGAAGUCACCAAGAUCGAAACCGUCGAAGAGGAUGACAAACAACCCGAAACCACUGUCACAGUUGAAGAGAUUCCUGUGGAGGAGGAACAACCAGAAGAAAUCAAGGAGCUUCCCGAAGAAGUACACGUUGUGGAAACUAUUUCUGAAGACGGCACUCCAAAGAAGAAGAAGAUCCGUACACGUGUUAUCAAGAAGGUUAAGGGUGACAAGCAAGAAGUCACCAAGAUCGAAACCGUCGAAGAGGAUGACAAACAACCCGAAACCACAGUCACAGUUGAAGAGAUUCCAGUGGAGGAAGAACAACCUGAAGAAAUCAAGGAGCUUCCAGAAGAAGUUCACGUGAUUGAAACUAUUUCUGAAGACGGCACUCCAAAGAAGAAGAAAAUCCGCACACGUGUUAUCAAGAAGGUUAAGGGUGACAAACAAGAAGUCACCAAGAUUGAAACCGUUGAGGAGGAUGACAAACAACCCGAAACCACUGUCACGGUUGAAGAGCUUCCCGUGGAGGAAGAACAACCUGAAGAAAUCAAGGAGCUUCCAGAAGAGAUUCGUGUGGUGGAAACAAUCAGUGAGGAUGGCACUCCAAAGAAGAAGAAGAUCCGUACACGUGUGAUUAAGAAGGUUAAGGGUGAUACCGAGGAAGUAACAAAAAUCGAAACCAUUGAAGAGGACGAUAAAAAUCCGAAGACCACUAUAACUGUGGAGGAAUCAGAUGUAAAGAGUCCAUUUGGUGAAAAGCUGAAACUUAAAAAGCGAGUUGUUGUUCAUAAACCUGAAGAUGACAUUUCCGUGGUGGAGCUACCUGAAAGAAAAUCUAUAAUUAUUUCUGAAAAGCCAGAUGGCACUCCUACCAAAACAGUUAUUAAGACAAAAAUCAUUAAAAAAGUUCAAGGUCCCAAUAUGGAAGUCACCAAAGUUCAGACUGUUGAAGAAUACGAAAAACCACCACUGACAACAGUGACAGUUGAGAACUUCGAAGCCCCGUUCCCUGAUCUUCCCGAAGAAAAGAUCACAGAGAUUGUUGUCCUUCCAGAUGAAAUUAUUGAGUCGCAAACUAUAGAUGAAGACGGCCAAGAAAAAAUAAUAAAAACAAAAAAACGGAUCAUAAAGAAACCGAAAGAUGAGUUUAAUGAAGAAGUGACUGAAAUUGGCAUUACUGAACAAGAAUCAGGAGAGCCAAUUUACAGCAUAACUAUCAAGGAACUCCCCAUUACUGAACCUUCUCAAACUGAUAAUAAGUCAUUUGAGUUACCGGAACAAGUUUCUGAAAUAGAGUUGGUUAAUCCUGAUGGAACGAAGAAGAAAAAGACGGUUAAAACACGAUCCUUCAAAAAGAAUAUUGAUGACAAUCUUGAUGAGGUCACUACAGUUAACAUAAUUGAAGAAGAAAAUAUGGAACCAAUAACUACUGUGCAAGUUGAAAUUCUUCCCGUCGAGGAAUCUUCAGUAUUGCCAAUUCCAAUUGAAGAGUUACCAGAAGAAACUGUAAUUGAAGAAGUUUCUGAAAACAAAAAGCCGAAAAAGAAGACUACCAAAACGCGAACAUUCAAAAAACAGGGUCCUGAAGAAGAAGAAUAUUAUCAAAUUCAAACUAUCGAGGAAGAAGGCAAAGAGCCAUAUUCGUUGGUACGGGUUGUAAGUGAUGAGAACAUUGCUGACAUUAUAGACAUUAGCAAGCUUGAUGAUGAACAACUUCCCAAACACAAAAAACAAAAGCCACACAAACAGAGGGCGGAGAAACCAGAACACACUGAAACGGAACAUCCAGUUUACAUUACAACAUUUAAAUCUGUACAAAAUGAAGAUGGCGAAACAACAAUUCAAACAGAAAAUAAAAGAGUUUCUCACGAGGAAGGCAUCGUUGUUGAGGAAGUACUCAGUGACACAGAACCCAAUGUGGAAGACAUUACACAAUCAAACGUUGAAAUUACUGAAGUCAGCGAGCCUACAGACCAAUACAACAAAGAGUACACUAUCACUGAACCUGAUGAUGUAAGUGAAGACACCAUACCUACACAGACUACAGAUAAAAAACCAAAACAGAAAAAGACACAACCAAUUCAUUUCGAACAGAUUGACGAGACUGGGGAAAUCGAAGGGGGAUCUAGUGAGCCAAAAGACAAAGUUAAAAAGAAGCGUAAGGUUAAGGUUGAUCAAGAUAAAUUAGGUGAAGAUGUGGUUGAGCAAAGUCCUGUUGAUGAAAGCCAGCCAGGGCCACUUUCGAGAAAAGACAAACCUAAAAAGAAGAAAAUCAUUAAGUCAAAGAAGGAUGAAAUGGAUGAUUAUAUUCAAUUCCUUAUCCAUCAGGAGAUUCCUAAAACAGUUUUACAACCGUAUCUCCGCACAGAAAUGGAACUUCCUCAAAGGGCUCGUCGUGAUUCUUCUAUUAAACCAAUAAAACUUACUGCAAUGAAGAUUGAGAAGGUUGAGGUUAGGCAACCGAAAAUGAUUCAAAUAAGUUCAGUGGCGGAAUUCCCGCAAAUGUUAAAAUUGAAGACUCCCAAGCAACGACCACAGGAAGAGAAGAAACGGCGAUCUAGCGAAGCCUCGUUUAAAAAUAAGAAACUUAAGAGUUUGAUAAGGUUUAUACCAUUCUCACCAUACUGUUUCCCGUAUACGGUUAUUGAGCUGGAUAUCAAUCGCGAAAAUGGGCAGCUCUCUCGAAAUUUAGAAGAGGCUGAGGAAAUAUUAAAGCUAAGACCUCAGAAAUUCAAGCACACCAAACCCGAAAAAACUGAUUUGGAAACAUUUGACAUAGAAAGCAUCGACAACGAGGAUAAACCGAUAGGCGAAGAGCAAGUGAAAUCAAAGUACAAACGUUCAAAGAAAAACAAAGACGAAGAAGUUAACGAACCCAACAAACUAAAGAUUGGUAAAGGAAAAAUUCCACAAAAUAUUGAGGACAUUGAAACUGUUGAAUUGAAACCAGUUAAGUUGGAUAAAGAAAUCGAGGAUAUAACAGAGAAGCCGGAGAAGCCAAUCGAAGAAAAACAACCGAAAAAGAAGGCGAGAAAACCUAAGGAGACCGACGAAACACUUGAUUCGAUACCGUUUGUGGAUAGGGAUGACGAGGAAAUUGGAGAUUUGAAACCAUCGUUCAAAUAUGAGUUGGUAGAAUUAGAGCCUGAAGAAAAAUCGGAAGAGCAAGACAAUAAAACUGAAGAAAAUCCAAUAACAGAACCCAAGAAGAAACGUAAAUUAAAGCUUAAGACAGAACGUGAAGAGAACGUAGUAGAAAUUGUUGACGUUUCUCCAAAUGAUACCGAUGAAAAAAUAUAUGAAAUAACUGUAACUUCUUCAGAAAUUGAUGAAACUGAUUCAAAGGAAAAGAAAAUUCUUAAAAAGAAAGUGAAGCGCAUGAAUAAACUGGAAUUGGAUGAAUUUAUAGUAGAACUGAAAGAACAACCUGACCAAAAUUUCUACGAAAAUACUAUGCACGAUUUCUAUGAGGUUAAGUUAACUGAGUUGCAACCAGAAGACAUUUCUACUGAUAAACCAGCAGAAAAAACUAAAAAACGUAAAAUUCUGCAUAAACGAGGAGAAGAUGAAGAAAUUGUUGAGAUUGUUGAAACUGUUUCAAUGCCCGGAGAGGAGCCACUAUAUGAAGUGACAAUAAGAUCGUCUGAAUCUGAAAAUAAAAUUGAUAGUCAAGACACAACCGAUAAGCCAAAAAUUAAAACUAAAAAGAUGAAGAAGAACGACCUAGAUGCCUAUAUACAACAACUGAUAAAUGCUGAAAUUCCAGUAACAGAACUAGAAAAAUAUGAAAAAACCGAAAUUGACGCUAAGCCAAAGAAGCCCAAGAAGAUUAAGACUAAGCCGCUUCAGGACACACUUGAUGAAGGUGAAUCUUUUGAAAUUGGUAUUAGCCAGCAAGAACCGAUUAAAAAAUCCAAGUCUAAGAAACCAAAGCCAUUAACUAAGGAAGAACAAGAGGUCAUAAUUGAACAAGAUGAUGUUCCUUCGUACGAUGAAUUCACAAUUAACACUAUCGACUCUCAGCCUGUUUCAAAGGAAUUCGUGGAAGAGGAAGUUCAUGAAGAACCUCUUAAUGUUGAUGACAUUAUAAUGGAAAUUCAUGAAACACUUCCUAUCGUUAUUUUAGAAGAAUAUGCUGAAGAUGUUCCGCAAAUUGUAGAAGAGCUUGAUCAAACUGAAAGGAAAAUAACCAAAAAGCGUAAGGUCAAAACAAGAAAGGGAUCAAAGCAGUAUGAAAUUGAAAUUGUCGAAACAGAAAGGCCAGAAGAUGAGCUUGACGAUGCAAAGAUCUUAGUUAUUACAACCGAAAUUGUGAAGGACAGUCCAGAUGGUAAUAAUAAAGAACCUCAUGCUCCACAGAAAACGGUUCGAAAAGUGAAAAAAGAUAAACUUAAGGAAUACAUCGUUAGCGUAGUUGAAGAGGCUCCUACAGAACUUAUUGCUAAACUUUCUGAAGAUGUUUCUGUAGUUAUUAAAGAAAAGAGUUUAGCCGAUGACGAUUUUACAAGCUUCACUACUACAGUAAUUGAUGACGUUACUGAUACCGAUGUGCAGCAAGUUGAAGAAGAAGCUGGCAUCUUAACAAGAUUGCCAAAAGAAAAGAAAAAGAAAAUACUUAAGCCAAAAAAAGUAAAAAUAUCGGAAGAUCAGUCACUUGAUGUUGAUCAGGAGGACCAGCAAGUGGACUAUAAUAGUGAUGAAGUUCAAUCACCCUCUGAACUACCAAGUAAGGAUUAUUUGGUCGAAAUCACCGAAAGUAUACCUAAGACAAAGAAGAAACCCGUAAAGAAACAGACUAAAGAACUAAAUCCAGCUCCUAUUUCCGAACAUGUAAUUCGUAUUGAAGAGCUCGAACCUGAGGUAAUAACUGAACAAAUUAUCAAUGAAGAAGGAAAGGAAGUCGAAAAAAUAACAUCAAAGCGUAAAAUAAAGAAGAAAACUGGUCCUCAAGAAUAUCUAAUUGAAGUUAUAGAAACUUACGUAGACAAUCAGCCUGAAGAGGAAUUAGUCAUACAGACUACAGAAGUAACUCCCGUGCCAGAGUCCGAGACACCUAAGGAUCACAAAAUAAAAAUUGUGAAAAGGAAAAAACCCAAAACAGAAAGUGUAGAUAGUUAUAUUCAAAAGUUAAUAGAGGAAGAAUUACCUAAAGUAGAACUUGAGAACUUUGAGACCACCAUAACAGAUUCUGUACCAGAUGUAAAGAAACAAAAGAUAACAAAGAAACAUCACAAGAAAACUACGGAAAUCGUUGAUGGUAUUCCACAUACAGUACAUGAAUUCACAAUACAAGAGUUUGAGCCUGAAGAAGAAAAACCAAUUCCGGAGUUCACAACAGAAAUUGAAGAUACGGAUACCGCAGAAACGAUAAAAGAUUUUGAAGUCGAGAUGCAAGAACAACAAAAACCUAAAACUAAGCCAAAGAAAGACAAGAAAUCGAAGAUUUAUGUCGUCGAGCAAGAACCAGUUAAAAUUGAAGAUAUUGCAGAGACUGUAAAAGUAACACAAGAUGUUUCAGAAGACGGCAAAAUAAAAGAAGUUCAAGUGAAAAAGCGUAAGAUCAUCCGAAAACAGGGCCCAACAGAGCAUAUUUUCGAAAUAACGGAGACCACAAAGAGUGAUGAGCCACUCACUGAAGUUACUGUUAUUGAGGUUGCAGAAAAAGAGGAACCCUCCGACCAAAUAGUAGAGAAACCCCAGAAGGUGAAAACUUCGAUCAAAAAACCAAAGAAGCUCAAGCCAGAAGAAGUAGAAGACUAUGUUAUAAAUAUUGUGGAAGAGUUUGCAAGGCCUUUGGAUGAAGACAAACUUAUUAAUAUAGUAGAAGAUACUCCUGAAACUCCUGAAGCUAAGCCAGUUAAGCACAAGAAAUCUAGUAAAAAAGCGGCGGAUCAUAUUAUUCGAAUUGAGGAACUAGCUCCAGAAACUAUAAUUGAAGACGUAGUCAACGAAGAAGGCGAACAAGUUAAGCAAGUAAAAACAACCAAAAAGCUCAAGAAAAAGGAUGGUCCAAAAGAGUAUUUAAUCGAGAUAACCGAAACUUAUCAAGAAAAUAAGCCAGAAGCAGAUAUCGAAUUCACCACUAUCGAAAUACCUAAGGAGGACGUCUCUACGGAGGAAGAGCCACAACCAAUUAAGGUGGUACAAAAAAUUAAGAAGAAGAAGGCAGUGAAAGACGAUUUAGAUAAAUACAUUCAAGAGCUUAUUGAACGUGAAAUCACCAAAACUGAUCUUGAACAAUAUGAACCAACUGAAAUGGAAACUAAGCCCAAACAACCCAAGAAAAAGGUCAAACAUCAUGUCAAGAAGAGAGAGGAAAUAAUUGAUGGACUUCCUGUAACCGUACAUGAAUUUGAUGUUUCCGAAGAAGAAUCGGAACUUCUGGAGUCAGAAUCGGAGCCACAAUUAGAUGAAACUGAGACUUUGCCCUUACUUCCAGAUGAGUCCAGUAAAUAUUUAGUGAACGUGUUUGACGAAAUCGUAGAACCUACAAAAUACACUGAAGACAUUACCGACACACUCAUAGAACCGACUAAAAAAGAAAAGUCGCUUAAAAAGGAAAAGGUGGAGAAAGCUCCCAUAAUUUUAGAUGAGGUAGAUGCAGUAACAGAAAUUAUAAAACAGCCAACUGAAGACGGUACAUUGAAGGACGUUACUGUGAAAAAACGUAAAGUAAAGCAUAGGCAGGGUUCGCAGCAAUUCGUUUUUGAGAUAACUGAAACUACUAGAGAAGAUCAACCUUUGGCAGAAGUUACAGUUAUCGAGGUAACAGAAAAUAUACCUCAAAGUGAAGAACAACAACCAGUUAUAGCCCACAAAACAGUUAAGAAACCGAAAAAAUUGAAAAUGGAUGACAUCGAGCAAUAUAUUGUUAAUGUUAUUGACGAGUUUGUCCAAGUUUCUCAAGAUAAUGUUCCGGAAGAUGAAGUUAAGGAAAUUGAGGAAGAUGUUCCCAAGAAACCGAAGAAAUCAUCGAAAAAAUACAAAAUCAGUGAGCAUGAGGAAUUGGAGCAAGUUAGUCCAGAUAUAAAAGAAGAAGUUUAUGAUCAAUUGGAAGAAGAAAUUGUUGAAAGCCCAGAUCAAUACCCCGAUUUUACGAUUGAUAUUAAAGAAGAUAUUCCUAUCGAUGAAAAGAAACCAAAGAAAUCAAAGAAACAACCAAAGGCGGUGACCGUCGAUGAAUCUAAACAGUCUGAGCAGGAAAACUUCUUAAUUAAAGUAUCAUCUACAGAGGAAUUGAAGAGAGAUGAGUCACCAGAGCUAGAGUCCAUUCUAUCCCAGCCGGAAGAAAUUCAACCAGAUGACCAACCAAUUUUCCAUAUUGAAGAAAUUGAAACUGUUGCAGAUUUGAGUGAAGAACAGGAUGACAAGGUCGAGACUCCUCAAAAAGUGGUAACAAAGCGAAAGAUCAAAAAGCAAAUUGGUCCCAAAGAAGAAAUUAUCGAAAUCGUCGAAACUAUAAAGGAUGGCUUGCCAGAAUUUGAAGUUACAGUAAUUACUGAAGAGGCCAAAAAUGAAGAUGUUGAAAUUCCUCAAGAAGAAAAGCCAAAGAAAGUAAAGAAAACUAAAAAGGUUCAAAAGGAUGAUUUAAAUGAUUAUAUACAAAAACUGAUUGAACAGGAUAUUCCAAAAUCCGAACUUGAGAAAUAUGAAAAAAUCGAUUUUGAUGAACCUGUUAAAAUGAAAAAGAAGCCUGUCAAGAAAGUUAAGGUCACAGAAGAUCAACCCCAAGACACUUCAGAAAUAUCAGUUGCUGAGACACCCGCAGAAAAAUCAAUGUCAUCACAAAGUUCUGUGGACGAGCCUCAACUUAUGAUAACCGUCAAAGAAUUUGAAGCACCAAUGCCUGAAGAGUCUUCUUUCGAGGUAACUGUUCUUGAAGAAUUUGUGGAAAACAAGCCAAUUCCAGACGAACAGGGCGAAGUGAAAAUUAAGGAAGUGAAAACUAAAAAAAUUAAGCAGAAGAAGGGUCCAGAAGAAAUAAUUCAUGACAUAACAGUUAUUCGGGACAAGGAUACAGACGAAUCUGAAAUUACAAUAGUAACUUCCAGUCCAAGCCAAGGCGAAGAUCAAGAACAAGGAAAACCAGUAAAGAAGGAAAAACGAAUUAAAAAGAUUAAAAAGGACGAUGUUGACAAUUUCAUUCAAGCAGUUAUUGAAGAAGAUUUGCCAAAAGAGACUGAGGAUACUGUCGAUAUUAUCGAAGAAACAUCUCCUAAGCAAACUACUACCAAGCCGAAAAAAAUUAAGAGGAAGGAAAUUGAACCAACAACUGAGGAAUCGAGUCCGAUUGUUGACAAUGUUCAACUUGUCGAACAAGAACCUGAGAAAGAACCCAUAAGGGAAGAAGAGGUUCAAGUAGAAGAGACAAUUCCAUCUCCUGAAAAGCCUGAAGAAGUUGUUGCCCCUGAAGACGUCAAAAUUUCUCAAAAGAAAAAGAAACCAGUUAAAGAAAAAGUAAAGGUUAUUGAAGAGCAACCUGAGGAAAAUGCUCCUGAGCAGUCGUUUGAUGUUGUCGAACAAGACACUGAUAUUGAAAAGCCCGACAAUACCGAAUACAGCGUGACUUUCACUGAAGAACAACCAAAACAUGAGAAGAAAACAGAAAAGACUCCAAGCAAGGUAAAGCAAAUUGAAGAUCAACCAGAACAAUCAAAAUACGAAAUAUAUGUCAAGGAAAGUAUCGCUGAACCCGAAAACCAAUAUCCAUUAAACGUUGAAGUUAUCGAAAGUGAAACAAAAUCAGAAGAAACUACAGAUGAUGCUGGUGAUAUUCAUAAAGUGGUUACAACUAAACGAAAGAUAAAACGUCCAAAGGGUGAAACGGACGAAGUUAUUGAAAUUAUUGAAGUUGUAACUGAUGACCAACCUGAUGCAGUGAUUACAAUUGUAGAAUACGAGCCCGAGCAACCACAAAACGAUGAAAAGCCAAAAGAGCCGAAAAAGAAAACAAAGAAAAUCAAGAAAGAUGACAUUCACGAUUAUAUUCAAAAACUAAUAGACAUGGAAACUCCAAAAACUGAACUUGAGAAAUAUGAGAAAAUAGAUUUUGAGCCGUUACCUAAGGAAAAGCCCACAGAACCUUUGGAAGUUAGUGUAACAGAUACUUCUCAAACUGAAAAACCAAAGAAAGACAAAACAUCGAAACCAAUGGAAUUAACUAAAACAGAAGAAUCGCUGCCACAGCCAUAUGCUGAUAUUAAGGUCAUAGAGGAAGAAGCUCCUGAACAACCUGUGGUUCCUGUGGAAGUGGUAGAAAUAAAACCAAAAGUAGUGGAAAUCAAGGAAGUAAUUACUGAAGAGGGUAUUCCCGUUCAAGAGAAAACCACUAAGCGUGUCUUGAAAAAGAAGGGACCACAAGAAGACACAACUUACAAAAUCACCACAAUUGAAAGUGAAGAUAAAGAAUCUGUUACGGUUAUUGUUGAUGAGGAACCAGAAGUUGCUCCAGUAGAUAUAACUGAAAGUCAACCAGAGAAUGAGGACGUUAAAGCACCAAAAGCAAAGCCAAAGAAAACGGUCAAGAAAAUUAAAAAGGAUGAUUUGGACGAUUAUGUCAAGAAAUUAAUUGAGGAAGAAAUACCAAAGAUCUCAAUGGAAAAGUACGAAAAGGUGGAAAUGCCAGAAAAACCAAAGCAACCAAAAGAAAUCCCAAGCGAAAGUGUUCCAGAAGAGGAUACACCUACUAGGCCAGAACAACCAUUAGCAGAUCUUGAAUCAAUCAAACCUAAAAAGACCAAAACAGUUAAGCCACAGCCAGUUGACAAGAUAGAACAAACACCAGACGAACCGACAGAGACUAUUGUAGGAACUGAAGACGUUACGGAAGACACACCAAAACAUAUUGCACACCCCGAGGACACAGCCACAGCACAAAUUACACCAAGCGCACAAGAUGAGAAAUCUACUCAAGAAGACACUAAAGAAACAAUUCAGAAAACAAUUAAGCAUAAGAAAGCUAAGCCAGACACAGUUCAAAGCGUUGAAACAAGUGAAGCACCCGAGGUUCAUAAGGAUUAUCACAUAAGCGUAAUCGUAGAAGAACCAGUUGAAAGAGAAGAACAGCCCGACAGGAUUUUGGAAGUGAGAGUCAUUGAUGAAGUUGCCGAAAUCGAAGAAUCACAGCCCAUCGUUGAAGAAGUCGAAGAAGAGGAUGAACAACCAACAGAUGGUACUGUUGAAGAUGUUACGAAGCCAAAAACAAAGAAGAAGAAGAUUGUUAAAAAGAAGACCAAUGAACACGAUGAUAUUAUUCAAAAGCUGCUUGAGCAAGAGAUUGAAAAAACCGAAUUGGAAAAAUACGAGAAAAUGGAGUUUGAUCUUCCUAAGAAACUAAAACCAGAGUUUGCAAACCUUGAACCAAUGAAAAUUGAGCGAACCGAACACAAACCAACAAAGGUGACAAUUGUUGAAGCUGCAGAGGUUCCAAAGACUGUUAAGUUGAAGCCUGGCAAACGGAAGGAAAAGCCUUCUGAAGAACAGGCAGUACAACUUCCCAAAUUCAGGCUAAAGACGCGCAUGACAAUGGUCGAAUAUCCGCCAGUACCUCAAAUACCAAAACUGACUGACAUAGGUGCAGUAAAAGACAAUGGUGAGCUCUCUCGCAAUAUUGAAGAAGCCGAGGAGGUAUUGAAGUUUAAGCCCCACAAGACAAAGAAAAUCAAGAAAAUAAAGGAUGACUUAGAGAAGGUGGAGCUCGAAAAGUAUGAGAAAUACGUUAGUAGCGAAGAAGAACCCGAAGAACAGAAGCCAUACCAGAAACCAGAAAAGGCUCAAAAGACAGAAGAAAGUCCUGAAGAUGUCAAACUUAAGAUUGGCAAGGGCAAGAAGAAGCCUAAGGAGGAAGAGUCUCAAGAAAAUGUUACUCUCAAAAAGAUACCACAGAAAUCUGUAGAAAGUGAAGAAGUGGUUGAAAAGAAACCUAAGGAAAAGGAUGUAGUAGUUAUUGAAGAACUUCCAAAGCAGCCCAAGGAACAGGACAUUCAAGUCGAACCGUUUGAGCCAAUUGAUUUUGAGCAUCCUGAAUAUGUACCAGAAGAGCUUGAACAAAUCGAGCAACCUGAAAAGCCCGAAAAGACGAAGAAACCCGGUAAGACCAAAUACAAGCCAAAGGAGAAAUCCAAGCCGGAACAGGACACUAUCAUAACAGAAAUUGUUCCUGGUAAGCCUAAGGAAGAAGAAGAGGUACCUGAACAACAAGUCAAGUUCCGUAAACCUGAGAGUGAAGCUCCUGAAGAGACUGACACUCAAAUUAAAUUAAAGCCUGUUCAAAAACCUGUUGAGGACACAGUAGUUGAAGAUGUCGUUGUUAAGUCCAAGGACGAGGAACCUCAGCCUACAGUUGAAGAGUCUAAGCCCGUUGAGGAAGUGAAAAAGCCUAAGAAAACGAAAUCUAAACCAGUUGCACAAAAAGAAGAAGAAACUACAGUGGAACAACCAACAGAAUUUGAGAUUUCAGUUAAGGACGAGGAAAUAAUUAAAGAAAAGCCAGUUGAAGAAGAAAAGCCUAAAGAAGUAAAGGUAAAACAAAAGAAACCAAAGGAGGCUCCUGCUGCCGAAGUUGAAAUCGUCGAGGAAACACAGACUGUCGAUGUACCUGAAGACAUACCCGUUGAGUACAAAAUUACUACAACUGUUUUGGAACCCGAGGAAGCUCCAAAGGAACAUCAAGUCAGGGUUUUGGACUUUGAUGAAAGGGAAGUCACUACUGAGGAAGUUGUUGAAGAAAAGGUUGUAACAAGAAAGAAGAAGCCAAAGCCUCAACAACCAGAAGUAUUUGAAGUCACUCUAAAGGAGCCAGAGGAAACACAACCAGAACCAGAAGAAAUCACUGCUGAGGUUGUGAUACCAAUAAAACAACCUGAACAGGAACCUGAGCAGUACGAAGUGGAAUUGAAGUUAACCGAAUCACAACCACAAGAACAGGAAAUAACAGUUAAGAAGAAACCUAAGAAGAAGCCUGUGGAGGAGGUAAGAGAAGUGGAACAACACGUGGUGAAAGAAGUGGAAGUCCAACCGGCCGAAGAAGAAGAGGUUAUUGUUCAAGAAGAACAAAUUAGUCAAACUGAUACUCCGAAAUCUUUCGAGUUCCAAAUUACUGAAACGCAAGCUCCUCAAAAGAAACCUGAAGAAGUUAUCGAAGAAAAGCCGGUUGAAAAGGUGAAAGAAAAGGCACCCAAGCCGAUUGAAAAGACAGACUCUUACCAGAUCAGCAUUAAAGAAUCUCAAGUUGAAAAUGUUCUCGAAACGACAAAGCAGCCAGAAGAGGAAGUUCCUGAAGAGGUAGUUUUUGCCCCAAGGCCAAAAGAAGAUAAAACAUUUGAGGCAGAGUUUGUCAUAACGGAACCAAAACGUGAAGAAGUUGCCGAAGUUGAAGCCGAAAUCAAACCGAAGAAGACUAAGAAACCAAAGAAAACUGAGGAGGCCGUUAGUCACGAUAUUAAGGUUGUCGAAGUAUCUGCACCAGAGGAAGUAGUAGAUGAAGCUCCACAAAUUGAAAUUGUUGAGAAAGAAACAGUGAUUGCUGAAGAAAAGCCGGAUGAAUAUACAAUUCGUGUAUCUGAAACACAAGAAGCACAAGAAGAUGAGCCUACACUUGCACAAUUUACUGUAAAGAAGGCAAAGCCUACUCCAGAAGCUACUGAGGAGCCGGAAGCUGAGUUUGUUCUUAAAGAAAGCAAGCCAAUUGAAACCGUUACCGAAGACGCCCAAAUAAAGACGAAGAAGCCCAAAAAGAAGGUUAAGGAUGUUGAGGCAGAGGAAUUAAAGAUACAGAUUUCGGAAGAAGUCCCACAAGAAGUUCCAGUAAUCGAAGAAAUCGAAGAAGUUGCAAUCAAAGAAAAAGAGGAAGCUCCUGUGGAAUAUAAAUCGUAUGAAAUUGGAGUGAAGGAAACAGUUCCAGAAAAGCCAGUGGCACCUGUGGAAGAUGAAUUGGUUGUUGAACCAGUCGUUGAAGAGCCUCAACCUGCACCUGAAGAACUGAAGGUGAAAGUUAUUGAAGAAACUCCACGUGAAAUUAUAGAAGAAGUUGUGGAGGAGGACGUUAAAGUUAUUCGUAAGAAGAAACCCAAGCCACAAGUUUCAGAAGAGCCGGAGACUCAAGUGAGCUUUACAGGUCCAAAGCCGGUAGAUGAGGUUGAAGCAGUACAAAGCGUCACCAUCGUACCUGAAGUUCCAACUGAUGAGGAGGCUGCUGAGCUCAAGAUAACCGUUAUUGAUGAAAUUUCUGAGCCCCAGGAACUAAUUCAAGAAAUAGAAGAAAUCGACAUUAUUGAAGAAGAAAAGAUUCAACCUAUUCCGGAAGAUAUACCCGCAGACUUUAAGUUUAGUCUUAAAGAGACAGAGGCACCAAAGGAAACGGUCGAGGAGUUACCAGAAGAACAAUUUACCAUUAAGAAGAAGAAAAAGGUGCCUGAGCAACUUAUUGUUGAAGAACCUGAAGCUGUAUUCGAAAUUAAGCCCAAGCCACAAGUCGAGGAGGUAACUGAAGAAGCCAAGAUCAAGAAAAAGUCCAAAAAGCCAGUUAAAGAAGAAGAAGCUGCCGCUGAGCUUAAAGUAACAGUCAUCGAGGAGGUAGCACCAGGACCAGAUGUUAUUGAGAUUGUGGAAGAAGUUGAGGAAACUCCAGAAGAAAUAAUUGUCGAACAGCCAGAAGAGAAACCAGUUGAGUACAAAUUCAAGGUUUCUGAAAGCCAACCAGAAGCUCCAGAAGUACCUGAAGAGCAGCAAGUAUCGCUGCCGAAGAAAAUACCAAAGCCCGUUCAAGUGACUGAAGAGCCUGAAGCUGAAGUUACUCUAAAACCUAAACCAAAGGUUGAAGAAGUAAAAGAAGAAGCAAAAAUAAUCAAAAAGAAACCUAAGAAGCCAGUUGUGGAAGAAGCUGCUGAAGAAGUGACUGUCAAGGUCGAAGAAGAAAUCACUCCAGAGCCAAUAGUUGUAGAGGAAGAAGUAAUUGAAGAGGUUCAAGUUAAGAAAUCAGAAAAACCAUCCCCAGAAGAAGAAAUUGAUGCUGCCGUUUUUAAAUUAAAGAAGCCUGAAUCACCUGAAGAAGACGAAGUGGUAGCAGAGGUUACUCUGAAGCCAAAGGUUCCCAAGGAAGUUCAGGACGAAGAGUUCUCGGUGGACGUCAAGCUACCAAAGGAAAAGAAGGUUUCUGAGGAAACAUCUAACGAAACAGUGCAACUUAAGAAAAAGAAGAAGCCACAGAAACCUGUAGAAGAGGCUGCUGAUGAACUCCAACUCCAACAAACUGUUAUUGAAGAAAGACCAGUUGAGAUUGAAGAAGAGGAAAUUGUUGAGGAAGCCGUUAUUAUACGUAGAAAGCCUAAAAAACCCAUUGAACCAACUAUUGAAGACCUUGAAGAAACUGAAUUUAGCCUUUCAUUCAAGAAACCACAUACCAUUACUGAAGGUGUGGAAGAGGCAGCAACAGUUCUGAAGAAGCGUCCAGUCAAACCUACCACCCACGACGAAGCUGCAGCAGAAUUGUCAAUAAAACGUCUAGAGGAAGAAUACGAAGAAGGCGAUGAUAUUGAAGAAUUUGUUGUUAGCCAGCGUAGAAAGCCUAAGGAGUUGCAAAUUACAGAUGAAGCAGACCAAGAGUACACAGUCAAGAAGCUUAAACGUCGCAAGAAGGUUGACAUUCCAGAAUUCACAGAUGUUGAAAACGUUACUUUCCGCGCUAAGAGCACAAAAACCAAAGAAGACGUUGACCAAGAAUUCAAUAUUGCUCUUGAUUCCUAUGCUGAAGAAGAGGUAUCAAUGUCUGGAAAGGUGAAAAUUAAGAAACCUAUUAAAAAGACGUACUCUGAAGCAACAGACGAGGCAAAGAUCAAAAUCAUACAGGACUAUGAUGACGGGGAAGGUCCAAUCAUUGAAGAAAUACGCGACGACGAGGAUACCAUAGAUGAAGUUGAAGAGCCAGAGGAGUACAUGGUAGAAGAAUUACCUCCAGAUGAGGUAGACUUCAAGCUUAAACCAAAGAAGCAACCUAAGCCAACUUACUCGGUUCAAGACGAAGAGGAAGAACAAUUCCUUAUUGGUAUUCGACAGCCGAAACGCGAUUCUGUAACGUAUGACGAAGAUUCUCUUACAUUCAAAAAGAAGCGUAAAGUCAUUCAACAACUCUUUAAUGAAGAUGGCGCUUCACUUAACAUUACCAGAGAAAUGGAUGUGGAAGAAUCCAAUACCGAGAACAUUAUGUAUUCUAUCUGCAAUUAUAUUGCGGACAACGACGAGGCUAUUAACUUAGUUGAGGGUGAAAAGGUCCUGGUUAUUGGUCGCCAUAGCUCUGAAUGGUGGUACGUCAAGAAGAGCAUCACAGAGGAAGAAGGUUGGGUACCCGCCCAAUACCUUAUGGGACCCGAGGAAUAUGACCAAUAUGUUCAAAACAAACUGCAUGAGAAGAUCGAUAAGUUACCCGUCUUUGAAAGACCUGGACCUGAAGACAAGCCGAUUGCCCCACGUUUCAUUGAAAAGCUGCAGCCUAUUCAUUCACUUGAUGGUUACACUGUUCAGUUCGAAUGUAAGGUUGAGGGAAGUCCAAGACCUCAGAUUGCGUGGUUCCGCGAAACUGCUAUCAUUAAGCCUUCGCAAGACUUCCAAAUGUUCUAUGAUGAUGAUAAUGUAGCCACUUUAAUUAUUCGCGAAGUUUUCCCAGAAGACGCUGGCAAAUUUACUUGCGUGGCCAAGAAUGCCGCUGGCUUCACAUCAACCACAACAGAAUUGAUUGUGGAAAGUCCUUUAUCCGAUCAUGGCUCAGAUGCCACUGCAUUGUCACGCAGGAGUAUGUCGCGUGAAUCCUCAUUGGCUGAUAUCCUUGAGGGCAUUCCACCAACAUUCUCACGCAAGCCCAAGGCACAAUAUGUCGACGAGGGCAGCAACGUUAUACUGGAAUGCCGCCUUGUUGCGGUUCCCGAGCCCGAUAUUGUGUGGACCUUUAAUGGCGAAGAUAUCGAUGAGGAGGAAAUUAAAAACAUUCGUAUCGUAACUGAAUCUGAUAUGCACAUGUAUUGCAGCGUUGUUCAUAUUACUAAAGUGAAGAAAUCUCAGGAGGGGACCUAUGAAGUUAUCGCCACAAACCGUGAGGGCGAGUCGCGUCUGCCCAUCACACUUAAGGUGCGAACUUCCGACAAAGAAGCCCCACAAAUUCUAGAACCGCUGCGUAACAUGGUAGUUCGUGAAGGAGAGAGCGUCAUGCUUUCUACCCAGAUUGUUGGCAAUCCACCACCCAAGGUAACGUGGUACAAGGAUGGCAAGCCUAUUAAGAAUGGCAAGACAGAUAAGGAUAUUCAUACUCUUACCCUCAUCACGCCAAAGAAGUCGGAGAAGGGAGAAUAUACUGUCAAGGCUGUCAAUCCUUUGGGCAGUGUGGAAACUACUGCUAAUCUGACGAUUGAAGAACCGACAACUGGUAAUGCUGAGCCUCCACUGUUUGUGGAACGUUUCGAAGAGCAAUCUGUACCACAAAAGGGUGUUAUUCGACUACCAGCAAAGGUGUCCGGCAACCCUGUACCAGAGGUUCAAUGGCUAUUUAACAACAGUCCGUUGUUCCCCAACGAACGUAUCCAGCAAGUGUACGAUGGUGAAAAUAUUGAGCUCGUCAUUCAGAAUGCCAAUCCUGAAACAGAUUCGGGUGACUACAAGUGCAUUGCCAGCAAUCCUGUUGGCAAGACAUCGCACGGUGCCCGCGUCAUUGUCGAAGUCGAUGAGGUAACCUUUACCAAAAAGUUAAAGAAGACAAUUACCAUUGAAGAGGUGCAAUCGUUAACGUUGGAGUGCGAGACUUCUCAUGUGGUAACAACUAAGUGGUUCUUUAAUGGCAAGGAGUUGAGCGGCAUGGACCAUCGCGUUGUUGUUGAGGAUGGCAAGACACACAAGCUGGUCAUAAGGAACACAAAUCUUCGUGAUUCUGGCAAAUAUGUGUGCAAGGUCAAGAAACAAGAGACCGAAUCAACUGUGGAGGUUCUAAAGCGCAAACCAGACUUUAUCAAGGUGCUGGAAGAUUACGAGGUAACUGAGAAGGAUACGGCCAUUCUGGACGUUGAGCUGACAACUGAAUCGACUGAGGUCACCUGGUACAAGGACGGCGAAAAGAUUACAAUUGAAAGCAAGAACUGUGAAUUCAUCAAGGAUGGCAAAUCAAGACGUUUGGUGAUACACGAUACAACCAUACAUGAUGAGGGCGAAUACACGUGCAAGAUCGAGGGUCAAGAGUGCAGUGCAGAACUGACUGUCAUUGAACUACCACCAGAGAUUGUAACUCCAUUGAAGGAUGUGUCUGUUACUAAGGGCGAAAAUGCUAUAUUCCACAUUGAACUAAGCAAGGGCGAUGCUCUGGUAAAAUGGUUCAAGAACGGCAAAGAAAUCAAGUUCGACGAACGCAUUCAACUUGCAAUUGAUGGCAAGAAACAAUCCCUUCGCAUUGUCAAGGCCAAGCCCGAAGAUGUGGGCGAGUAUUCUAUACAGGUUGGCGAACAAACUUCCAAGGCGAAACUGACUGUCGAAGAGCCAUUGGUUGACUUCAUAGUGCGGUUGCCAGAUGUUACACUCGCCACAAAGACAACAGAUGCUGAAUUUACCGUUGAACUGUCUCAGCCGGACGUUGAAGUUACGUGGUGUAAGAAGGGCAAGCCCAUUAAGCCAAAUAAGAAGCAUGAGGUAUUCGUUGAGGGCACAGUGCGUCGCCUGGUCAUCCAUGAUGCCAGCGAUGAUGAUGCGGGUGAGAUCAGCUGUAUUGCUGAAAAUGUCACCAGCAGCACUAAACUGUGCGUUGAAGAGCUUAAACUGCCACCCGUGAUUACCUCUGACAAGGAUCAAACCAUCAAAGUAAAGGAGGACGAGGAUGCUACCUUCACUGUCAAGUACACUGGCGCUCCGACUCCAGAGGCCGAAUGGACAUCGCGCAAGGUUGUCAUUCCUAAGACAAAGCGUACAAUCCCAACCAUCGAUGAACAAUCCGCAACUCUAACCAUUAAAAAGGUCGUUGACGAUGAUGAGGGCGAGUACACGGUCAAACUGGUCAAUCCUGUGGGUGAGGCCGAGGCCAGCCUACACUUGGUCAUUAUGCGCAAACCCACGGCACCUGGAACCCCUCAGCCACUGGAGGUAAUGCACGACUCGAUAACACUUUAUUGGAAGGCGCCCGAAGACGAUGGCAAGUCCGAAAUCAUUGAAUACAUUCUGGAGUACCAUGAUGUUAAGGAAGAAAAAUGGACUGAGAUUCGCAAGAUUAAGGACACAACGUAUACGAUAAGCAAACUAAAGAUCGACACCGAAUAUGUGUUCCGUUCGAUUGCGGUCAACGAAGUUGGCCCCUCACCGCCAUCACCUGCAUCGCCACCUAUUCGUCUGGUGCCCAAGGUUCAGACCGAGGCACCCAGCGUACGCGAGCCACUGCAGGAUAUUGUCAGUGAACUGGACAAGGAAGUGACACUAUCCUGUGUGUUUGGCGGCAUUCCUGAGCCAAGCGUUACCUGGAAGAUGAACGGCAAGAUCAUCGAAUCUACGACCAAUGUGCGCUACGAAAAUCGGGUGGCCAAGUACAUCAUUGAAAAGACAACCAUUGAGACUGAAGCCACCUACACAUGCGUGGCAACCAAUGAGAAGGGCACAGUGGAGACAUCGUGCAGACUGAAGCUGCAGCAGAAGCCAAUCGUGGAGAUUGAGGACAAGUAUGUGGCACAGAAACUGCGCACUGGCGCUACUCUCAGCAUUCCAGCAACGGUUCGUGGCUAUCCCAAGCCCACAGUCACCUGGCACAAGGAGACUAUCGAGCAGAAGUCGACCAAGGAGAUUACCAUUGAAACCACCGAAACAAGCUCUACCUAUACGAUUAAGAAGGUAACUCGCGAGCACUCUGGUCGCUACAAGGUGACGGCCACCAAUGAGGGGGGCUCCACCCAUAUGGAGUGCACGGUACAAGUAAUUGAUAAGCCAAGCAGGCCGCAAUCGUUGGAGGUUAAAGACAUUAAAAAGGAUUCAAUUACCUUGGAAUGGACGCCGCCAAUUGACGAUGGUGGCAUGGACAUUAGCAAGUACACGUUGGAGAAAUGCGAUGUGCAAAACAACGUAUGGAUGAAGGUCUCCGAUUUCGACAAGGAGAUCAACUCGUAUGCCAUUCAAAAGCUUUCCAUGAAUGCCCAAUACAUGUUCCGUGUUGUGGCUAUCAAUCCUAUUGGCGAAUCCGAGCCAACGGAGAGUCAAACAGUCACAAUCACCAAGAAGUUUGAGAAACCAUCCCCACCACGCGGCCCCACCGCCGUCUCUGGCAUGAACGACACAUCGUUCACACUGUCCUGGGAACCGUCGGAGAGCGACGGAGGCUCGAAGAUAAUCGAGUACAUUGUGGAAAUCAGGGAAGAGACUGAGACAGUCUAUCGCUCGGUGGGCAUCACGACGGGCACUGUGACAAACAUUCAAGUGGAGAAGGUUGUGAGAAACAAGGGCUAUCUGUUCAGGAUCUACGCUCGUAACGAGGUCGGCACCAGCGAGGCGUUCGAGACCACGGAGAAGAUUGUUGUGGGUCGCAAGAUAACUCCGCCAUCGCCACCCCAGAAUCUGAGGGCGCCGGAUGUGACAAGUCGCAGCGUCACCCUCGACUGGGAGGUGCCAGCCCGCAAUGGAGGUUCCGAAAUUACAGGCUACUGUGUGGAGAAGAAGUCUUCCACAUCGACCAGCUGGACCAAGGUCAUUACACUGGAUGCACAUCAGCUGCACUACACCAUUGACAAUCUGAAGGAGAAGUGCGAGUACUGGUUCCGUGUCUCGGCGGAGAAUGAGGCUGGUUUAGGUGCACCAGCCGUCACCGAGAGCGUCUCGCUAAAGACACAUGCCACUGUACCAUCGCCACCAACUGCUCCACUGGAGGCGCGAGUUCUCGCUGCCAAUGCACACAUAUUCGAAUGGGGUAUUCCCGAGUCAGAUGGAGGUGCGCCACUGCUCGGCUAUCACAUUGCCAUACGUGACAUGAAGAAGUCCAUGUGGAUUGAGGUUGGUCGCGUGCCAGCCGGUGUGCAAAAGUUCCAGAUUCGCGAUCUGCAAGAGAAUCACGAAUACAUGAUUCGCAUAUUCGCUAAGAAUGAAAUUGGUCUAAGUGAACCUUUGGAAUCCGAAGAGCCAUACAAGGUGAUCACAGCGGGUCACGAAAGUCUGCCAGAUGAGCCGCGUACUGAGAUGAGCACAUGCAACACAUCGUCGUGGUUGCGAGACCACAACAUGGAUGCAGACAUUCAUUCGUAUGCGCGCGGCAGACUGCUUCAACGCGAUGAGUACUUCUUCCGUCUGUGGGCACAAAUACCCCAGAAGAAGAAGAAGGACUCCAAGUAGUAUGUAAAGGAGACAACUACGAACUAAUCAACUUAGCGAUAGCAAGUACCAGACAUGACAUAAACGAAAUGAAACUUAGGAUUAGGCUUAAGCAUACUCUACUACUAUUUCAAUUUUUGUAUUUAAUUCAUUAUUUCUUUUGUAGCUUUUUUUUUGUACUUUGAGAAAGAAAACACACAGAGUUUGUAAAGAUAAUGUAGUGAUUGGAAUUGCGUCCAGCUUAGUACAGCGAUGUCCACGACAUUCUCCCCCUCCAGAGACAAAGAGUGCGAGCGAAGAAAAUACUUAAUGUAUUUGGUGGGGGGAGGCGUGGACGUGGCUGUGUGUUGUGUCGCCCAUUACAUAAUCUCUGUAGUAAUUUUUUGAUUCGUUAUGAUUUGCAUAAAUUCUUAUGAUUUUCUUCACUUUAUUUUUGUAAGCUGUGAUAAAUUUAUCAAAUUCGAAAGCGUCAAACGAUAUGAAAAGCCAUGAAUUCAGCGCCACGACUCAACGAGCAUCGGGCAACGGCAGCCAGUGGACCACAACAGCAGCAAUAGCAAUUCGUAACAACAAUAACAAUCCGAGGGGCAACAACAAUAACACAACAGAGCGGACUCAAUAUCCUCUAGGGAGACAAACAACAAAUGGUGCAAUUCGAUAUGAGUUACGAGUAUGUUUGUGCUAUAUUUGUGUGUUGUCCAUUUGAUUGUCUGUUCUCUGCUGUCGCUGUUCAGUUGUCGCACUGCUGGAUGAUGUUGCCUUUGCCGUGUGUUCGCAGUGUGCUGAAUUGAUGGCCAGAGAAACAGAGGGUUACAUAACUAUGUAAAACAAAACCAAAUAAAGAAAAACA